GCGGAGCUCGGGGGGAGAGGGUCUGGGAGCCGGGAGACACGGAGACAUGAACCGGCACCCGGACUGUGAGCAGGGGGAGCAACUCUGAACCUGGACACCAUGUACUACCAGGAGGGGGACUUCCAAAUGGAGGACACAGGUAGGAGCCCCCCUGUGGGUAUUGGUAAUAAAGUAACCAGAACUGGUCAAUGGAAACACUAACCUUAUACAUGGGGAGGGGGCUGCGGGCUGACAUGGGGGUAUCAUGGGACCAGGGAUUCCUGAGGCUGGGCUGGGCACAGGAGCUGACAAUUCUCCAAGUGCCCCACUGCAGGGCAUUAAUGGUAAAAUGCCUCCCUGUAGGAACUAGACAGGUAAACUCACUAUUAAAUAUUAAUAAAUAACUGUAGGGUAUUAGUGAGGACCUGGGCACAUACCCCGCUAUGGGGUAUGAAUGCCCAUCUGUAGGAUAUUAAUAAAUAAAUAUUACAUGUCCCAAUGUAGGGUAAUAAUUAGGAGCCGGAGAAGUCCCUCACUAUAAGUCCUUAAUAAGGACCCAGGGAAGUGAAUCAAUGUGCCCCUUGUUUGGGGCAAUGCUGGGCAAUGUAGUCCGUCCUGAGUUAUCAGCAUUGGAGAGGUACAUACAUAAGUGACCGCCUGCUAAAUGCCCCUGUGAGGGGUAUCACUCAUUAUAUGUAUCAUUAUAGCCAUAGCAAUGUCCAGUGCCUGCGUGCUGUGUAAAAAUAAAGGUAUCAAUGUGUAGUAGGGAAGGGGCAGUAAUGGGAUAUCAAUGUGUAGUACGGUAGGGGCAGCAAUGGGGUAUCAAUGUGUAGUGGGUUAGGGGUUGCAAUGGAUGAGAUUGUCCAAACUGUAAAGAAACUGUCUCUUUGUGGGCCAUCUAACAGGAACCAGGGCAAGUGAGGUGGAAUAGUUUUAUCAGGGAUAGAGAUGGGCAGGGAACCUGUGUAAAUGUUUCUAAAGUGAUCUCAUUAGGGAUAGAAAUUCAUGUUAGUAAUUGCCCCAGUAGAGGGUAUAUAUGUUAAAGAUUAUAAUUACCAGAACAAACCCAGCUGUGUUUGAUCAUUGCAGGCUAUUACUGUAAUGGGUAUAGGAGAUGGCAAGUGCCAGUAUGGGGCAUCAGAUUGCAUGGUAGUAAUAAAUGGUUAAUUGAUAAUGGCAUGUACCAAUUCUGUGUCUGUACAUACUGGGCAACAGAAAAAUCUGUAUCACCCCAGGUAUAUUUCUGAACAGGCUGGGUAGGGCAGAUUAAUUGGAUGAUGAACAUUGCAGGAGGCAAGUCUGCUCAGCUACUACUGGAACUGAGCCCCAGAUAAUGUAUCAGUGCUGUGUACAGCGUGUAUACUAAUAAUGUAUCAGUACUGUGUACAGUGUGUAUACUAAUAAUGUAUCAGUGCUGUGUACAGCGUAUAUACUAAUAAUGUAUCAGUGCUGUACAGCGUAUAUACUAAUAAUGUAUCAGUGCUGUGUACAGCGUAUAUACUAAUAAUGUAUCAGUGCUGUACAGCGUAUAUACUAAUAAUGUAUCAGUGCUGAGAGCAGCGUGUAUACUAAUAAUGUAUCCCUGCUGUGUACAGCGUAUAUACUAAUAAUGUAUCAGUGCUGUACAGCGUGUAUACUAAUAAUGUAUCAGUGCUGAGAGCAGCGUGUAUACUAAUAAUGUAUCCCUGCUGUGUACCGCGUAUAUACUAAUAAUGUAUCAGUGCUGAGAGCAGCGUGUAUACUAAUAAUGUAUCCCUGCUGUGUACAGCGUAUAUACUAAUAAUGUAUCAGUGCUGUACAGCGUGUAUACUAAUAAUGUAUCAGUGCUGAGAGCAGCGUGUAUACUAAUAAUGUAUCCCUGCUGUGUACAGCGUUUAUACUAAUAAUGUAUCAGUGCUGUACAGCGUGUAUAUUAAUAAUGUAUUAGUGCUGAGAGCAGCGUGUAUACUAAUAAUGUAUCAGUGCUCUGUGCAGUGUGUAUACUGAGAAUGUAUCCCUGCUUUGCACAGUGUGUAUACUAAUAAUGUAUCAGUGCUGUGUACAGCGUGUAUACUGAGAAUGUAUCUGUGCUGUGUACAUUUCUAAUAUCGAGAAUAUAUUACUGUUGAGUACUGAGUUUAUCCUACGAAUGUAUCCUUGCUGAGUACGGUGUAUGCAUCAGUGUUAUUUGCAAAGUAUAUAUUGAGAAUGUAUCAUAGCUGUGUGCAGUUUGUAUACUAGGAGUGUAUUAAUGCUGUGUAUAGUGUAUAUACUAAGAAUGUAUCCCUGCUGAGUAUAUAUGCUGUGAAUGUAUCAGUGGUAUGUGCAGAUUGUAUCUUAGGAAUGCAUUAAUGCUGUGUAUAGUGUAUAUACUGAGUAUGUAUCCCUGCUGAGUGCUGUGUAUAUGCUGUGAAUGUAUCAGUGCUAUGUGCAGUUUGUAUACUAGGAAUGCAUUAAUGCUGUGUAUAUACUGAAAAUGUAUCCGUGCUGAGUACUGUGUAUUUACUGAGAAUGUAUCCCGCUGAGUUCUGUGUAUAUGCAGUGAAUGUAUCAGUACUGUGUGCAGUUUGUAUACUAGGAAUGCAUUAAUGCUGUGUAUAGUGUAUAUACUGAAAAUGUAUCCUUGCUGAUUGUAUACUAGGAAUGCAAUAAUGCUGUGUAUAGUGUAUAUACUGAGAAUGUAUCCGUGCUGAGUACUGUGUAUAUGCUGUGAAUAUGUCCGUGCAGUUUGUAUACUAGGAAUGUAUUAAUGCUGUGUAUAUACUGAGAAUGUAUCCGUGCUGUGUGCCGUGUGUAUACUAGGUAUGCAUUAUUGCUAUGUAUAGUGUAUAUACUGAGAAUGUAUCCGUGCUGAGUACUGUGUAUAUGCUGUGAAUGUAUCGUGCAGUUUGUAUACUAGGAAUGUGUUAAUGCUGUAUAAAGCGUAUAUACUGAGAAUGUGUAUAUAGUGUAUAUGCUGAGAAUGUAUCCGUGCUGAUUGUAUACUAGGAAUGUGUUAAUGCUGUAUAUAGCGUAUAUACUGAGAAUGUAUCCUUGCUGAUUGUAUACUAGGAAUGUGUUAAUGCUGUAUAUAGCGUAUAUACUGAGCAUGUAUCCUUGCUGAUUGUAUACUAGGAAUGUGUUAAUGCUGUAUAUAGCGUAUAUACUGAGAAUGUAUCCGUGCUAAAUACUGUGUAUAUGAUGUGAAUGUAUCAGUGCCGUUUAUUUUGUGGAGAGAAUGUAUCAUUGCUGUGUAAAUUGUAUUCGCGAGAUUGUAUCCCUCUGUAGACACUGAUAAUGCUAACAAUUUCAGUCCUGAGUGCAGUGUAUACGAUAAUGUACUAAUUCCGUACAGGGUGUGUAGUGUAUACUUAAAAUAUAGGAGUGACGAAUAAGUGUGUAGUGAAUGCUUAGAAUGUAUCAAUGAUGUAUAGAGUGUGUGCAGUGUAUACGUAGACAUUAGGAGUGAUGUGUACAGUGUGUGUAGUGUAUACUUAGAAUGUAGGAGUGAUGUAUACAGUGUGUAGUGUAUACUUAGAAUGUAGGAGUGAUGUAUACAGUGUGUAGUGUAUACUUAGAAUGUAGGAGUGAUGAAAACAGUGUGUGUAGUGUAUACAUAGAAUGUAUCAGUGAUGUGUACAGUGUGAGUAGUGUAUACUUAGAAUGUAGGAGUGAUGUAUACAGUGUGUGUGUAGUAUAUACUUGGAAUGUAGGAGCGAUGUAUACAGUGUGUGUGUAGUGUAUACAUAGAAUGUAUCAGUGAUGUGUACAGUGUGAGUAGUGUAUACUUAGAAUGUAGGAGUGAUGUAUACAGUAUUUGCAGAGAAUACUUUGCAUGUAGGAGUGAUGUGUACAGUGUCUAUUACUGAGAGGUAGCACUGAUCACAGGGAGUAUAUAGAUUCAAAAUGUAACAAGUUGGAAAACUGAAUUCGAUUAAUGUGAAUGAAAGUUUAGAAUUCAAUGCGGGAUAUGUUACUAUAUACAGAGUAACGGGUGUGUUACUAUAUACAGUGGAACAGUGUUACUAUAUACAGUACAUAGAGCUUAAUGUAAUGUAUGUUAUUAUAGGAAGUAUAACAGGGGAUGUGUGUUACUAUAGCCAGUAUAACAGGGGGUGUGUGUUACUAUAGCCAGUAUAACAGGGGAUGUGUGUUACUAUAGCCAGUAUAACAGGGGAUGUGUGUUACUAUAGCCAGUAUAACAGGGGAUGUGUGUUACUAUAGCCAGUAUAACAGGGGAUGUGUGUUACCAGUAUAACAGGGGAUGUGUGUUACUAUAGCCAGUAUAACAGGGGAUGUGUGUUAUUAUAGCCAGUAUAACAGGGGAUGUGUGUUACUAUAGCCAGUAUAACAGGGGAUGUGUGUUACUAUAGCCAGUAUAACGGGGGGGGGUGUUAUUAUAGGCAGUAUAAGGGGCUGUGUGUUAUUAUAUGCAGUUUAACAGGGGAUGUGUGUUACUAUAGAGAGUAUACCAGAGGAUGUGUGUUAUUAUAGAGAGUAUAACAGAGGGUGUGUGUUACUGUAGAGAGUAUAACAGGGGAUGUGUGUUACUAGAGCCAGUAUAAGGGGUUGUUACUAUAGCCAGUAUAACAGGGAAUAUGUGUUACUAUUUCCAGUAUAAGGGGGUGUGGGGGGAGUGUUACUAUAGGAUGUCAUUACUUUAAUGCAGGAGACAAGGUGUGCUCAGUGAUGUCAUUGUGUUAGUGCGGGAGAGAAGGUGUGCUCGGUGAUGUCACAGUGGUAGUGCAGGAGAGAAGGUGUGCUCGGUGAUGUCACAGUGGUAGUGCAGGAAAGAAGGUGUGCUCGGUGAUGUCAAAGUAGUAGUGUAGUAGACAAGGUUGUGCUCAGUGAUGUCACAGUGUUAGUGCAGGGGACAAGGUGUGCUCAGUGAUGUCACUGUGUUAGAAAGUGCAGGGGACAAGGUGUGCUUAGUGAUAUCAUCCUGUUAUAAAGUGCAGGUGAGGUGUGCUCACUGAUGUCAUCGUCUUGGUGCAGGAGAGAAGUGCUCAGUGAUGUCACAGUAUUAGACAGUGCAGGAGACAAGGUGUGAUCAGUGAUGUCAUCGUCUUAGUGCAGGAGAGGAGGUGUGAUCAGUAAUGUCACAGUGUUAGUGCAGGAGAGAAGAUGUGCUCAGUGAUGUCACAGUGUUAGAAAGUUCAGGAGACAAGGUGUGCUCAGUGAUGUCAUCUUCUUAGUGCAGGAGACAAGGUGUGCUCAGUGAUGUCACAGUGUUAGUGCAGGAGAGAAGGUGUGCUCAGUGAUGUCAUUGUGUAAGAAAGUACAGCAUCUUGGUCCACUGUGACACACUUGCUUGCUGUAUUAGAAUAAUAUUUUUAGGUAAGAGUGUUCCAUUGAGAGUACUGUACUGCACUCUGUACACAUAACUCUUUAAAGGAAUACAGGCAAUAAUGAUCUGUAACCACCUCUUAACCCUCCUAUAAAUAUAGAGAAAAUGAAAGCUAUUAUGAGGGAGUUCAAUAAAUAUUUAAAUGAAAUGUUUCAAACAGACAAUUUUAUGCAUUCCUCGUAGAAAAAGUGAAUUCUAAAUAUUUAUUAAAUUCAUUGUGUCAGACUGUAAUGUCUGUCUAACUGCAGGUGGUAAAUUUUAUUACACCAGAUCUUUCCACUUAUAAGGCCAUAUUUAUCAAUGAAUAACAGGUGCAAUUCUGGGGGCAAAGUGCUGAAUUAGGUACAUUUACCAUGGCAACCAACAGAAUACCUGUCCACAUAAAGUACUUUGCCCUGGAAGUGUUCCAGUUUAACCUUAAUAAAUAUGGACUGUAGAACCUUAAUUCACAAUGGCUUUUUAUGAAUUAGUCCUGAAAUGCUGGCAGUAAUUAUUGUAAUUUAUCUAAACUGAACUCGCUGUAGAAAGCUAAAUCACAGAAUAAAACUGCAGUUUUGUUAAAUAUAAUGUAGCAACUUAGUAAUAUUUAAAGUAUCAAUAAUCAAUCAGUAUCACUAGUCUGUUACCAUAGCAACCCCAUCCAGCAUUUAUCCAAACUGGUUUAUAUAGUAUAUGACUCACCAGGUCAAAAAAGAAGCAGUUAUAAAUCACAUUGUGAUCAUAAUUAUAGUGAUAAACCAAUAAUUAUAGUGAUACAACUGUAACAAGUAGGAACUGAAUAUAUCACUAAAGUACAAGUGUACAUUAUCAGUUCACUAUUUGGAGACAUUCAUUUGGCCACUUGCUGUGCUUAAAUGCAAAAUAUUAAAAUACACGGACAAAGGAUAUGAGACAUUUGAAUUAGUCAUAGUGGUUUACAGUCUAUUUAUACAUGGGGUUUAUUAAAAAAAAAAACAACAACACGUAUUUGUAUUGGAUUGAAAACUGAAUUGUUGCAUUAAAUAGCCUGGCAGUGAGUAUAACAGCGUGGACAUUAACAGGGUUAUUUACUGAGUGAGAAUUGAUGGGAUUUUACAGGGAAUUUAAGUAGCCAAACUGGAAGAGUAACUGACUUGAAGAAUGUUUCCAAUUUGGCUAUUUUGGCCUAUUUUUUAUUUUUAUUUUUUUACAUGGAUGUUUUUAUUUACUUCUUAUAUUAUCCAUAUUUACCAAAUUAUACAUAAUGAAAAAUAAUACUUUUUGUUAUGUAUAACCUUAAAGGACCACUAUAGGCACCCAGACCACUUUAGCUCAAUGAAGUGGUCUGGGUGCCAGGUCCCUCUAGUUUUAACCCUGCAGCUGAAAACAUAGCAGUUUCGCGAUAAUUAAAACCGAAGCCACUGGAUCCCCUGGGCAUGCGCAUUAUUUUAUGUUCAUGCCCAGGAAAGGGCAAAAUAAAUUACUUUUGGGCACCACCAUCUUAGGAUCUGUAAGAUGGCGGCAUCAAAAAGGAAGUACCAGCAAGACCAGAAGAAGUUGAGGGGGGAAUUUGUAGGCCUUAACCCCUUAAGGACACAUGACAUGUGCGACAUGUCAUGAUUCCCUUUUAUUCCAGAAGUUUGGUCCUUAAGGGGUAAAGCAAGAUAUACCUCUGCUCGAAGUCAAGGGAUCUAUCUAGUGGCAGAGCCGCUUCAAAUUGGAAAUUAACUAUUUAUUGGUGACAAUUCGCCGUUUAUUGAAUAACCUUGCUAGUACUGCUUUGAUCGAUUGACGCCCAAUGAAUGUAUUAGCAAAGAGAGUUAAGACAAUAGUUAAUAUUUACACAUUCUGUAGUUAAUAUCUAGUGUGUAUUAGCAGCUGACAUUAUAAAACCAGAUUAAUCACUUUAUCAUUAAUUGGUGUUAUGAGUCUAACAGACUGCGUGUUAUAAAAAAAACAAACCCACAAAGCCGUCCUUGUGUAUUCUCAUCUUACCUGAGAUUUUUGUUUAUUUAUUUAAGUACAGGUAAGAAAACAUGCAUAAGGGCACCUAUUGUAAAAUUAGUUACGAUAGACCCAUAAAUUAUGUCAAGGAUUCAGAUUGUUUCAGUCAUACAAGUUACUUGGAUUGAAUGGGGCAUUGUUCGUUAUUUAAUAUAUCCUAAUUGAGUAUUUCACCCAUCUGCUUUCAGAAGAAAUAUUACCGUGGGUUCUGUAAAUUGCUGAAUGCUGAUCAAAUUAUAAAGUAAACAAUGUAUCUCAAAGGACAGAGUCGCUGUGCUGAUACGGGUUAGACAAAAUCUCAAAUCAUUCUAUGCUUAUCCAUCCACCCCACAUUCCGAUUUCCUGCAACUGUCCCAGGACAUACCUGAAAACGAGAGAAAUCUCAAUGUAUCUUUCCUGGUAAAAUAUUUUAUAAAUAAAUAAAUGUCUAUCCUGUGAUGUUCUAUCAAAAUAGAACACUGUCCUGACAAUAGUCCUUUAACUCUCCUCUCUACUGCCAGGUAAAGUGUAGAAAGUACAGACUGGGCCUGUCCUCUGAAUUUUCGUGCCAUUUUCGUGAAUUUACCCCAUGUAUAGGUAUGAUGUGCAUAGCAGAACAUAUACAUGUAAUAUACCGUCUGAGACCAUAACUAUAACUUUUAUGUGUGUGUAUGAGAAAUUGUACAAAACUGCCACUAUAAUAAUAUCAUGGAAACGUACAUUUUUUUGUUUGUAAGACUAAAAUAUGAACAUCUGCCUAUUAAACCCCCAUGUCUGAUUCUGCUUUGAUUCCGUCAUCCGCUAUCACUGUGUUGUUGUAAAUAAGCAUGACAUAGAGGCUGUGGUUUAAUUAUCAAAUAUCACAAUCCAAAUCAUUUUGUACAGCAUUGCUCGUGCGAACCACCAGAUUAUUUACUGAACAUUCAGGGCUUGAAAACUGCAUAGGAACAAAAUUGAGCAAAAGCACCGCCUGCACAAUAUGAGGGUGAAAUAAAGUAGAAAAAUAGUUUACCUUAGAUUUCUUUGUAGACAUGUGGUUCGUUUAUUUAAUAUUCCAUCUUUGAGAAGACACUGGUUAUCUGUAGUCUCUCUUUAUUUUCCUUUUCCAUUCAUUCUUUCUUGCACAUGUAUCUAGCCACUAGGUAGGUGAUUCAAUGUUCAAAAGUCUAAUUAGUAAGCUUUUUAUCUGUGUCGGAAUAAAUGUGUGUUGGUAUUGAAGACUCGGGGCCCGACGAUGUUUGAUCAGGAUUAAUGGGAGAGAUUCUGUGCUUUUGAAGUUUCUGAUAACUGCAGGUUGUAUUGUAAGUUGUCGGAAGCCUAUAGAUUACUACCUUUGUCAGAAAAUAAUAAUAUGCAUUAAAAUGUGUCUGAAAAAAGCAUCCAUUUAGAUAUUUUUUUUAAGAGGAACUGUUACUUCUCAUUUACACCAUUUAAUAGAACACCUAAACUCAUGUAUAACCGAUAGACGCUCAUCCAUUCUCCACUCCUUAAGAAAAUCAUUAAAAACCCACUUCUUCAUAAAAGUGUAUCAAUUAACCGGUUAAUAGCUUCCGACUGAUUCCUCUCUUGCAACUGUCACUAGUCUAAUACUAUCCUUACCUUUUUGUGUCAUUUUACCCCACUCCCUCUAGAAUGUAAGCUCAUUGAGCCGGGCCCUCAACCCCUCUGUUCCUGUGUGUCCAACUUGUCUGGUUACAACUACAUGUCUGUUUGUCCACCCAUUGUAAAGCGCUGCGGAAUUUGUUGGCGCUAUAUAAAUAAUAACACAAUAAUAAAAAUAAUAAGAUGCCUUGUUUUCUUUAAAAUUUCUAUUAAAGAUUUAAUAAAUGACAGAAUAAUCCAGUUCAGACAAGGAGCACUAAGGGCAAAUAAUGCAAAUGAGAAGGAGAAAUAGACACAAUGUUUCAUGUCUCCUCUUCUUGGUAGGAUCUCUCUCUGCUCUCUAUGCUGACUGCCAAGUGCAAUGGACAGAUUGAGGGAUAAAGAGGUUUCUACAUCUAUAUAGAUUUCUACAUUUAACUUUAUUUUUCAAACCACACAGAUAUGUUAAAUAUAUGGAUGUGUAAAUAUAUUAUAAAUAGCGGGAAGUGAGAGUUCUCCUUUAAUGAUCAAGUGAGUCCUGAGAUAUAGAUGUUGUUUUUCUGAAUACAUUAUUCUUACUUUAUAGACCUUUAUUAAGAUAAAUGGCUUUGUUGGUCCUUUGAGGGAUCAAACCUGAGAUUUUGAACAUGUACAACAAUUGAUAAAUUAACUAUUAACCUUUCUCACUAGUUGGAAAAAAAUUACCCUUUUAAAGGGACACUAUAGUCACCUAGACCACUUAAUCUUAAUGAAGUGUUCUGGAUGCAGUGGCCCUGUCCUUUUAACCCUGUAAUGUAAAACAUUGUAGUUUUGAAGAAAUGGCGAUGCUUACAUUUCAGGAUUAAAUGCACUUCUACUGGCUGUCUUAACGAGAGCCAAGUAAAACAUGGCCACCUGACAUGGAAUAGGAAAGCACCGAAUACAAUAUUUUCAUAUGGGGAACUUUGGAUGCGCACACAGCACUCACUACGCAUACGCAACAGGUCCGCAAUGAUCAUCUAAGGAUUGGACCAUUGCGAUGAGGUCAUACCUCUUUGAGGAUGCCAUGGGAGGGGGAGUGGUGAGUAGCACCAAGGGAACUUCUGUACUGGGAAAAGUUUUGUUUAUUUUUAAUGCACAUGGGGGGGGGGUGGUGAAGGGGGAGUCCUAUAGAGAAUUAGAGGCAAGGGCAAUAUAGCUUUAGGAAUACAGGUUUAUAUUCCGAAUGCUGUAGAGUUCCUUUAAGCGCUGCCACUUUGCUUUUUUUUACCGAAGACCAGAAGGAACAUUUAUUGUGCACCGAGAGGCAAUAUUUUGGUAAAAAGAAUAAAACCAAACCCCCUAUAAAAGGCUGCUAUGUCAGUGUAUGAUGCGUGAGAAUGUGUCCAGCGUCAGUAGAUAAUGCUGGAGGAUGUCUUACAUCAUAACCAUGAGCUAGCGUCAAUCGAUGGAGCCGUGGGUGAGUACCUGUGAUUGUGAAGGCAGUGGGAACACGGACACCAGAAAGCAGUGCAGGGGAAGAUGACCGUGAUGUUGAUGCUACAAGUAAGAUUAAAGCGAGCACAUCCAAACAAGUUCAUAAAAACUAGAAGCCGAACAGCAAGAGGUGAAAUGUGACGUUUGUGUCUGGAUGGAAUGAUUACCGGAAUGGGAAAGACCCCCCUUAUGAAAAGUUCAUAUCACUCAUAAUAAGUUCAUAACGUGCAGGUAACACAACACAUAUUUUGUUUCGAAUUCUGCGGAGAUUUUAAAUAUAAGUGAAGGGAGAGGAGCCACAAAUAUUGGGCAGAACGUAGUGGUUGUAAAAGUUGAGCAAUCCGCAUUCACCACUGGUUUCCACGGCGACCUCAUCUUUUACAUCUUGGCCCAUGAAUGGUUCUUAUGCAUAACACCUACAAUAUCUCAAUAUGAAAAUGGAAAAAACAUAAGUUCAGCUAUUGUUCGGAAACAAUAACUGCUAACCAGUGCUCAGGAAACCCCUGUUAUCAUAUCACCGUAGUACAAGAAGAGAAGAACCCCAAAUUACGGAGCAAUUUCAGAAGUGCCCUUUAGGGUAAUUGAAAGCACAGAGUCUGAUAAUAAAUGCGGCAGAAGAAUGGUGUUGUAUAGUGAAUAUAUCUAUUCUUUCCUCUGAAGUUUCGGGAAUUUAUUUUUCAUUCUGUUUGAACACACUGGGAUUCUAUUUUUUUUAUCUGUGUAUCGUAAUUUAAUAAAGUGAAUAGCAGACACAUUCUCUGUAGCUAAAUGUCAAGUUUUAUUCAUCAUUUCCUCUUAUCGUGGACUAUUUGAUGGGGGUGAAGCAAAAUGUUGAUGUUAAAGUCAAAUUUUCUGCUAUAAGGAUGAUCUAAAGGCAGUCCCUAUGGUUCCCGUGAUGGUCGCUAACCCAAAGACAGCAGGUGGGCUACUUUGGGACAUCCCUAUUGUAGAUACUUUGUAAUGAUGGGACUCCAGAAUCCAUCAGAAAUUCCUUAAUUAAUGUGCAACUCGGCCUUUGCAAAAUAAAAAAAUAAAAUAUCAAGAAAUAAUUCAGCUUCGAAUGUCAUGAUCAAGAUCAACAUGGACUUUAAAUUGCAACUGAUCUCUGACUAUUAGAGACCUAGGGGAUUAUUCACUAAAACGGGCUUAGAUGAAUACAUGCAUUGUAAAAAUAAAAAUCUCCUAUUCAUCAAUAUUACAUUAAAAUACUCUCACUAAAGUAAGAAUUCAAAGUGAAUUCAACAUGAAUUCAAAAUAGCCAACCUAGAAAAGAAAAAUCUCUGUUAGAAACAUAGAAUGUGACAGCAGAUAAGAAUCAUUCGGCCCAUCUAGUCUGCCCAAUUUUCUAAAUACUUUCAUUACUCCCUAGUCUUAUCUUAUAGUUAGGAUAGCCUUAUGCCUAUCCCACGCAUGCUUAAACUCCUUCACUGUGUUAACCUCUACCACUACAGCUGGAAGGCUAUUCCAUGCAUCCACUACCCUCUCAGUAAAGUAAUACUUCCUGAUAUUAUUUUUAAACCUUUGCCCCUCUAAUUUAAGACUAUGUCCUAUUAUGCUUCCAGUUUAGCUACUUUGGCCUUAAAUUUGAAAUUCACUUUAAAUUCUUGCAUUAAACUGGUCAGGGUAGAAAUAGAAUCUACUGAUGUCAAUGAUUACCCACUGAUGCACUGUUGAGAAACUGGACCUGCUUUAUAUCUAGGCGUUAUUAUCCACUGAUGAGAAACUUUGGACCUGCUUUAUAUCUAGGUGUUAUUAUCCACUGAUGAGAAACUUUGGACUUGCUUUAUAUCGAGGUGUUAUUAUCCACUGAUGAGAAACUCUGGCCCUACUUUAUAUCUAGGUGUUAUUAUCCACUGAUGAGAAACUCUGGCUCUGCUUUAUAUCGAGGUGUUAUUAUCCACUGAUGAGAAACUGGCUCUACUUUAUAUCUAGGUGUUAUUAUCCACUCAUGAGAAACUUUGGACCUGCUUUAUAUCUAGGUGUUAUUAUCCACUCAUGAGAAACUUUGGACCUGCUUUAUAACUAGGUGUUAUUAUCCACUGAUGAGAAACUCUGGCCCUGCUUUAUUUUGAGGUGUUAUUAUCCACUGAUGAGAAACUCUGGACCUGCUUUCUAUCUAGGUGUUAUUAUCCACUGAUGAGAAACUCUGGACCUGCUUUCUAUCUAGGUGUUAUUAUCCACUGAUGAAAAACUCUGGCCCUGUUUUAUACUGAAGUGAUAUUAUCCACUGAUGAGAAACUCUUGAUAUUUCUAUGUCAGGAUUGAUGCCAAACACAGAUGAGAAUUGUUGGGCUCUCUAUGUAACUAGGCGAGUGAGUUUUACUCUAUUAUUCCCUUUCUCGCUCCAUAUUAUUUAGUCAGAGUAUAUAAGUAGCUGGCUUUACAUUGUAGAAUAUUCCGCUUUUCUUAUUCAUAAAUUUAAAAAAUUGCUGCAAAACCUAAACUGUGUCUGUUUGCUUUUAAAAUCUUCGUUGCAACUGCUGUUUUUAAAAUUUCUUGCAUGUGCAGUGUAUUAUUUUUUUUCUUCGUGCUGUGGUGCCCUUCAUACAUCCUUCAAAAUAACUCCCAUGAGUAAUUGAUUAAAACAAGCUCUUUAAAUAGGUCCAACCCAGAGUUCCCUCUAAGACAUUCCGUUUCUACAUGGAAAGUGUGAACAGAGGACUUCUAAAAAAGAAUUAAUUUGGUCAGAACACUUGCAGGCGUAUUCCAUAAAGUGAGAAUUGUUUGGAAUUCAAAGUAAAUCUCAAAUAUUAGACACAAAUAGCUGAAACUGGAAGCAUAGCAAACUUAAAGGACCACUAGAGUCACCUAGAACAUAUUAUCCUAAUGAAGGGUUAAAUACAUCCCUAGUGGCGGUCUUCAUGACUGCCACUAGAGGCACAUCUGCAUCCAGAACCCAAUCAAGCUUGGUUCUUCAGUCAAAUGCUGCUGAUAGAAGGAUUUGAUUGGAGUACUGCAGCAUUUUACUAUUUUUUCGUCCCCAAUGCUUCUUUAUGAGAGGCAUUGGAUUGGACGAGAUUACGGGAGAGAUGUCUGCAGGAAUGAUGUCAUUGUCGGAGGCAGAGUUGACUGUCGCAGUGAAGGAGUUCAUCUAGGUUGUCUGUUCCCUUAGUGUAAAAGCUCCAGAGUGAUUAAGCUGUCCUGCAUAAUGUACCGCUGUCUCCCCCAAGCUCUAGCCGAGACUUAGCGGAGGAUGAAAAUGAACUGACUUUAUUGAGGCAAAGCACAAGAAUGGGGGUCCUCAUUCAGUAUAACAAAAGCACGCCCAGGCACCUCUGUGUCUGGGAGAUAAUUGUAGCUCUCGGUUAAACUCAUUAUCUCCCAGAUACAGAGAGCGCAAUAAGAAAUCCCCCAAAAAACAAACAUCAUAUAACAGAGCACCCCAACUUGUCAUAUAUCCCUGAAAACGUCUCUCUGGAAUGCCCAUUCUGUACGAAAAGCGCCUGGAUCGGAUAUGGCUAGCCCGAAUUAGACAGAAGACCAAAGUUUAGUGGGACUCAGCUCAGAGUUUGAGUUCCUCGGUCACCUAAAAACAGUGUUUUCCCUGGGUACAUGGAGCUCCCCCAAGUCCUUGGUGUCUUUCAAUGCCUCACCACCCCCUCUGCUAACUCUCCAAAAAGUGCCCAGUUUGAUGGUCCUAGGACCGAAAGCUCUCUGGUUGAGGUUUUAGCAGACCACGGCGACUCUGCGCUCUGCUAAGGAGUUCCAGGAAAGUUAGGGUUCCUCCCGGUCAUGUGCACCGUACCUCAUCAGCCGACAAAUGGUGGCAACAAAGGGGUACUGGGUUUGGAGAUAUAGGCUGGAGAGUUAGUCCAUAGUGAUAAGUCUUUUGAGAGAAGGGUGGGGGUUUGAGGAGCCAUGUACCCGGGAAGGUGACCAGUAGGUUGGACACAGUAAGUAAUCUUUAUAAAACGUAAAAAAAAUUUAAAGCAAAGGGGAAUGGACAAUGAUCGCCUUGCUAGAAGGGAACCUUAAGUCCAGAAAAAAAUGUAUAUUCAUUAUAGGUUCCCCGUAACGCUGGUAUCACAAUAGAAACAUCUCCAUUGACAUUGAUAGGAUAAUUGCUAUUCAGCUACCCAAGAUAUUUUUAUCUUUUGAUAAUAGAAUCCAGAACAAUAAUCUCUUCUUCCUUUGAACACAGUAGAGUCAUAUCCACAUGUUCAAAAUAAAGAUCAUAAAGGAUGUAUAAGAUGAUGAUACAUUUACAUUUCGGUCCAAAACUGUUUUGAUGGUUUAGAUGUACUUCUAGAAUAUGCGUGAGACCUCAUAGGUCUAGCAGUUAUUUCUACUUGGACUCUGACGCAGUUCCACAGAGUUCCCUUAUUUCUACUGUUGACAUGUUAAAGGAACAAUAAAGGCACCCAGACCACUUCAUCUCAGUGGAGGGGAACACCAAUAUAGCUGAUUAAAAAAAACGAUAGCUUUAGAAAUACACAUUUGCAUAGUCUUCCUUUAAGAUGCGUUGCAAGCAAUUCCGUGAUCACCUUCUCCAUAUUGGUUUUCCUCCAGCUGGGACCUAGGGAAUCUCCACGUCUGUUGGAGAACAUUAACUGAUCAGUUUAUAACCGCGGUAGUUGACCCAGAUUGAUAAUGUGUGUGCUAUUUCCAAACAUUGCUCAGGAUAGCAGUAUUGUGUUCUGGGAGCAUGAGAUUAUCUCCAUGAAGCUACAGUAUCAUACGUUUAAAUAGAAUACAUCAAUAUAAUCGCACAACACCUAAUUAAAAAGAAUUCAAUGCUCGUCGUACAUUAUGAGUUUAUAGUCAUGAUAUAUUGGAAGAACAAUAACCAGCUGACAUGCUCAUGUGUAUUUUUUUACGUUGCGUGGCAGGUUGGUAUAUAGCCAAUUUACAAGUCAUUUUCAAGAUUUAGACCAAUGAUUCUUAAGCUUUUUUUUUUUUUGGCAGGGAUCCAAAAUUCUUAUAUCGGAUUAUGUUGGCGACCCGUUUUUCUUUUGUAAACUUAGAUCAGUCACACUUUCUUAACCCCUUAAGGACCAAACUUCUGGAAUAAAAGGGAAUCAUGACAUGUCACACAUGUCAUGUGCCCUUCAGGGGUUAAACUGUGUUGUAUAUAUUUUAAUGUACUGUGUAAAAUAUCUUCAUUAACGGGACACUGCAGCACUAUAAUUACAUCAACUGAUUACAGUGGUUAUGGUGACUAGAGACUGCAUGUGCUGGGUCAUGCCUCACAGUUCAACCAUUGACUCACUGUUUAGCAGAGAGGCUCAGUCCCCGGCAGCCUCGUCCCCAAAUACUAUAUGGCGAAGGUGGGGUGAUACUCCAUGUCUUUCUAAUUCAUACUUGGGAUUACUGGCAAUGAUAGACGGCGAUCACUUAGAUGUUGCUCUGUCUUUUAUUGCCCAUUCCUCCCGGAAUGACAAGAGAAUGAUCAUAAUUCUGUAUAUACCAUAUCAUAAUUGGAUACUAGGCAACAGGCAACCGGGGACCGAUCAUCUCUGCUAAACUGUGAGUGAACUGUAUAGCAGUGAUGCAGACUCCGGGCACCAAAACCACUUUAAUAUGUUAACCUGUUUAUGGUGUCUAGAGUUCACCUUAUAACUCCCUCUAGAAUCAAAUCUCCAUCUAUUGCACUUAAUAAGGCAGUGGUGGUAAUGGGGAAAUUAUCAAACAUAUUAAAUUAUGGUUUUAAAAUGAGAAAUUACAUGUAUUCUAGCCUUUGUGUGCAUUAUUUGCAUUGGAUACAUAUGCAUCUCAUGGCAUUCCAUUGCUGUUUGGGGGUAGCGAUGUUUAGUCCGUUUUGGCCCAAUACCGACCAAAUUAAGCAGCUAGUGUGCAUUCAUGAAUCCCGACAUCAGACAUCCUAAAAAAUAGAAAGUACAAAUGUGAUGGCUAUAUUGCAUGGUCAUCUCUGCGCCAAAUCUUCAAAUCAGAAGAUUCCGUUAUCUAAUGCCCCUGGGUGCUAGGCACAGAGUACAUGAUCCCAGAUAACUGUACCAGGUUACUUUGCCCGGGGAUCCUGGUUAUCAUGUCUGGGCCUCCCAUACGCUACACGCAGUUAAUAUUACUUUCCAUUAACGCUAACCGGUUUAAUUUAUAUACUCUGUUUUCUGCGUAUCUCUCUCCUUCUCUUUAAUAUGUGCCCUUUUCUGCCUACAUCCCUCCCAAAGUAUCUAUUAUCUAUCCUCACGCUCGCCAUGCACUGCCUACGAGAUAUUUUUAGAUUUUUUUUUUUAACAUAUAUUACUAUCCUACAAUGUAGGAUGUCAUGUUAUUUAGGUUAAAGCUACUUCAGUGUGUAGGAAGACAUACAUCCCUCUAUUGUCAGUGUUACCACACAAGUGAAAUGCACAGACACGCUAUACAUUGUGUGGACGGCCAUCCAAUUAGAUCAGAAUGAGACGCCGGUCUUUUGAUCAUUCAUCAAUCGCAGUGUCAGCUGUAAAAUGUUAAUAUCAUGAACACAUUCUGUGGAACCAGGAUACAGAGUAUCCCACAAUAUGGUGAAGAGAUAAGACUUUCCCUGUCACAAGUCUCAGGGAUUAAGCUGCUGCAUUCAUUUUAACUCCGUUCUUCCUUCUUUUCUCUCUCUCUCUCUCUCUCUCUCUCUCUCUCUCUCUCUCUCAUAUAUAUACAAUGUCAAUUGUGUCAGAAAUGUUUCCUCUUCAGUAUAACUGUGAAUUUGUUGGAUGCGCAUAUGGUGGCUAGAGUGCUUUAGGACAUUUCCCAAACAUAUGAAAUGAAUCCAUGUUAUUUGAUUUGCGGGAACGUGUUCUCGCUGAUCUCCUGAUGUACAUGGCUAUGUGUACCUUGUCUGUGAUCAGGAGCAGUGCUCGACUCCAGAAACAUCUCAGGAUAGAGUCCAUGGCAAAUUUAAUAUAUGAAAUAUCCCACCUCCCUUAAAGCCAGUUAAUGACUCCAAUUAUUGGAUGGACAAAAUUGCCUUUUCUGUGAAAAAUCUGUGUUUAUAUUGCCUCCUCCAGUGGAAUAUCACUCAGACAGCUGAUAGAUGGGCUUUUAGUGCAGCCCUGCAACCUUUGGAGGAAUAGCGUUUAAUGUCUCCUCGCUCUGCAUGAAGACGCCGAACGCUCCCCAUCGAGAUGCAUUGACCUAAUACAGGUCAAUGAAGAGAUAAUGAUUGAUGCUCCACAGUGAUUGCCACACAUACGCCACCCCCCUCCCCCCCCCCAGUACUUCUUUAUGGGGAGACAAUGGAUUGGCUGAGAUCAUCAGUAAUGAUGAUCUCAGCCUGGGAGAAGCAGUGGCCGCAGUGAGACCAGCAAGGCUGAAGGCUAUAUUAUUAUUAUUAUUAUUAUGAUAUUUAUAUAGCGCCAUCAAAUUCCGCAGCGCUUUACAAUGGGUGGUCGAACAGACAUGUAGUUGUAACCAGACAAGUUGGACACACAGGAACAGAGGGGUUGAAGGCCCUGCUCAAUGAGCUUACAUGCUAGAGGGAGUGGGGUAAAAUGACACAAAAAGGUAAGGAUAGUAUUAGACUUGUGACAGUUGCAGAAGAGGAAUCAGUCAGGAGCUAUUAACAGUUUAAUUGAUACGCUUUUAUGAAGAAGUGGGUUUUUAACGAUUUUUUGAAGGAGUGGAGACUGGGUGAGCAUCUAACAGAGGAGGGAAGCGAGUUCCACAGGAAUGGUGCAGCCCUCGAGAAAUCUUGAAGGCAAGCAUCAGAGGUGGGAGUACGGACAGAAGAUAGACGUAAGUCUUCAGCAGAUCGUAAGGGCCUAGACGGGACAUACUUGUGUACAAGGGAGGAUAGAUAGGUGGGAACAGCAUUAUGUAGAGAUUUGAAAGCAAGAACCAGAAUUUUAAAUUGAGCUCUAUAUUUUAUAAGAAGCCAAUUUAGGGACUGACAGAAGGGUGAGGCAUGGGAGGUGCGGGCGGACAGGAAGAUGAGCUUCGCCGCCGCAUUCAUUAUUGACUGUAACGGCGCAAGUUGGGAGCACGUAAGACCACUGAGAAGCGGAUUACAGUAGUCAAGGCGAGAAAGGACAGUGGAAUGGAUCAACACCUUGGUCGCAUCUGGCGUUAAGUAGGGGCGGAUGGGCGCAAUGUUUUUGAGAUGGAAAUGACAGGAUUUGGCGAUAGAUUUAACAUGAGGCUUGAAGGAGAGGUCGGAGUCAAAGAGAACACCUAGGCAGCGAGCCUGCGUGGUGGAGCUGAUGGUAGCACCGUUGACUUGGAGGGAGACAGACACAGGAGUAACAACACUUGAGGGAGGAAAGACCAGAAUUUCAGUUUUGGUCAAGUUUAGUUUAAGGAAGUGGGCAGCCAUCCAGUUAGAAAUAGCAGAGAGGCAGUCAGAUACACUAGUCAAGAGGGAUGGGGAGAGAUCAGGAGAGGACAGGUAGAUUUGUGUGUCAUCUGCAUAGAAAUGAUAUUGGAAGCCAAAGGAGCUAAUAAGUUUACCCAGGGAGGCAGUAUAGAUGGAGAACAGUAGGGGACUAAGGACAGAACCUUGGGGGACACCAACAGAGAGGAGUUGGGGAGAAGAAUAUCUUGUGAAUAUGUCCGAAUUCCGAUCGGAAUGGCAGAUCUCAUAUUUUCAAAAGCUAAUUCCAGUUGGCAUUCGAUCAAGCUGACCAAAUCUGCAACAAUUUGCUGGCUGUAUUCCAUAGACAUGUGCAUGGUGGAAAAAUGUGGUCGACUGAAACAACAUAGGCGAAAACAUUUUUAGGCUUGAACGAUUCAGGAUGUGUUUCAGUUCAGCCUACAAUCUUGGCGAUUUAAAAAUGAUUUAAAACAUUUUUAAAUUAAAAAAAAAAAAUGAUUCAGACACACCAAAAGGGCGAGAACACUUUUAUGUUUAUUUGAAUAAAAACAAAGAAAAGAGUUACCUGCUAUAUUAUACAUUUGCCUCUGUUAGUCAUGUCUCACUUGAUCUGUGAAUGCAAUCAACAUUUAGUGGUUGUUCCUUAACCAUCAAUCAUCUAUCCAUAAUUUUCAUGUCUGUAUAGGUUUCGGAUGCGAAAAGGAUGAAUUUUAACCCAAAGUAUAGGAUUCAAAUUAUAUACAAAACACCGAUUUAAAUAAGCAUGAUGCCAGACAUACUAACAUUCAGAGCCGGCUCCAGGUUGCACUUUGACAGGGGAGGCACUUUGCUGCCCCGGUACAUGUUAACUAGUCCAGAGCAAGCCUUUAUUUGCUUCUCUGCGGACCACAGAGGCGUCUUUCUAAUUAGCCAAGUUAGGUAGUCGCCAAAGACCUCACAGUCGGCUAACUCGCCUUAGGGCAGACUGAUCUGCCGGGUCUUGUGUGCUGACGGUUCUGAGGCCCCAUACUCAGUCUUCCCUGCCGGAAGAGAGCCCAGUGUCUCCGGUCUGCACCUCCGCUUCUCUCGAGCUCGCAAACCCUAAACCGCAUGGACUGUUUGCUCUCAGACCGGAUAGCAGAGCAGAUGCUUCCAUUAAAAAUGCUACCCUGUUGAUUAAAUGAUUUCUAUUCUGCACCAAAUGAAUUCCGCAUACAGUAACAAAAUAUUUUACUCAUAAUGUAGAAAUUAGCAUUUUGUUUACUCAUACUCUAUAUUUUUAGCAAAUAUGUUUUUGUGAGGUCUAAAAAAUAUAAAACGUAGAAAUCACACAUAUAUCCUGGAGCUGUGCGCCUUCAUCAUACUUCUCUGUUAAUCGACAUUAUAAAUGUUAUCAUAUUCUGCUAUUAAAUAUAGUUAGUGGAAGAGGAAAAACAGAAACCGUGUUUAUUUUCUCCUCAUUUACAUUGAGUGCCCUGACUGUGCCUUCACUAAACUGGAUUGUCAUACCUCAAUAAAAUGGAGCAUUUUAAUAAAAAAAAAAAAAAAGGUUAACACAAAUUAUAGGCGAUUUUGAUUGUUUUAUUCAAUUAUACAAUUUUCAGAGAAUUGAUUGUUCUGCUUUAAUUUUAUGAUAUAUGUCAUAUUAAACAAUCGCUGAUGUCGAGAGACUUUGCAUCUUAGACUGACGUGGAUAUUAUAGUGAUUUUAUGCUGCUUGGGGUUCAUAGUCUUCUUCGUAGUUAUUUUUUUAAACGUUUGCUUAACGAUGAAGCUCUUUUCUGUCCUUUCUAUUCUGUUUUAAUAAGCAGGUUUACCUAAAAAUAGAAAGUUCCAGCUUUUAACUCUCUUCUCAAAAUUGCUAUUUUUAGAAUUGUUCCAUUGUGUGUAUCUAGAGCACCCUCUUUAUCCGUUUAGCUUUUAAACCUGAGUUUAGAUGCCUUUUGUGUCACUGCCAUUAGUAUGGAAAUGUGCGUUACGCUGGAGGCUGAAUUUAGGGAUCUCCUCUGGAGCAAAUUCAAAAAGUGGUACAAUCAGUAAAUCUACUCCAGGGCCGGACUGGGAUGAAAAUUUAGCCUUAGGGCAUUUUUUAAUUACAGUGGCCCACUGAAAAGGGGGAGGGCCAUAUGAGUCACCAAUGACAAGCAUGCCCCAUCACAAAAUGAGCAUGUUGGUUCAAUGCACUUCCAGGGCAGACCCUGCGCAGAGCUCUGCUGAAGAGCUGUAGCAUGAGAAAACGGCCCUGUAUUUGUUCUGCACAACGCAAGCAAAUUUAAUAACAUGCUUGCACUGUGUUUGCUUGAAAUUUGUCUCUCUUUUCUCCAUAGAUGGAAAACAUGGAGACAAAAAUGCCAUGAAAGAGUAUUGUGUAGUGUGUGUGUGUGAGGGUGCUGUGUGUGUGUUGGUGCUGUGAGGGUGCUGUGUGUGUGUGAGGGUACUGUGUGUGUGUGUGUGUGUGUGUGUGUGGGGUGCAGUGAGUGCAAGAGGGGUACAGUGUGAGUGAGGGUGCUGUGUGUGUGUGCGCAUGAGUGAAGGUGCUAUGAGUGCCAGGGGUGCAGUGUGUGUGUGUGUGUGUGUGAGAGUGAGGGUGCUGGUGUGUGAAUAUUUUUGGAGGGCUUGUGUGUUGAGGUGGGGCAGAUUAUGAUCAAUAUAUAUUAAAAUAAAUAAACAAGCAUUGAUUUUGUUCCCCUUCCGUUCUUACCUUUAGCCUUGGAGGGGGGACCGUGCUGCCAUGCCUGGUGGUGCUAGUGGUGAGUUAACUCUAGCCUGUGGGGCUAGAGUUCAUUCUUGCGAGAUGUGGAGCGUUGCCAUAGCAAUGCUCUGGAUUUCGCGAGAGGAACCCGGCGGAGCUGCAAGAUAGAGCUCCUCUGGGUUCCUCUCCUGACCGUCUCCCUCCUCAGCCGGCGGCCGCAUUACACUGCAUGUGGGCCGGUGAGGGAGAUCUUUGAUCUUUCCACCGGCCCAUCGUGGAAAUCAGCGGGGUCGGCGCUCGGAUAGUGAUGGCCCUGGAUGGACCGGCAGGGGAGAUCCUGUGAUAUACCCUGCCGGCCUCGGCCCAUAGACACCGCGGCCCACCGGGCAUUUGCCCGGUGUGGACGAUGGCCAGUCCGAGCCUGAUCUAUUCCAUUGGUGUCCAUGGUAAUUACUCCACUUUCAGACCAUGGGCAUGGAAUCUGGUCAGGUAUCAGUGUAUAUCUAUAACUGCCCUUCAUGUGCCAUCAGUCCUGAUAUGGGAGGUAUUCACUAAAUUAGGUAUUCUUAAAUGAUACGGGACCUAACAUGUAAGGCAAAAAUAGCAGCACUGGAAAUUAUAUCCCAUUUCUGCUAUUUUCCCAGCUCAGCUAGAUUGAUCUAAAAUGUGCAUUUUCCUUGUCAAUUUUCUCCAAUUCUUGGUUUAGUUAGUGAAUAAAGUGCUGGCAGCGACUGUCUGUCUGUGUGUCUUAGCAUGGCGUGUGCGUGCUCGGCGGCAAGCAUUGUGUGUUGUCUUUAUCACAGCUUUCAUAGCUUUGAGGCAUGCAAAGUUCUAAUAAGAUUUACCGUCUGCUGGUGGGAGAAUGUGAAAGGGGGGGGAGGACAAGUAGAAGGAGCUGUGUAGACGAGAACAGAUGAAUGUGGGCACAUUAACUGGAAAGCAUAAAUAAAUGUUAAUAGUGCAUCCUCUUUUCAUGUGUAAUUGGAGGGUCAGCACAGCAGAGAUAUGUAUUGUCCAAGUUACAGCUGUAAUGAAGGGUCAGCAAACAGGUAACACUCUAGAUAUUAUAAACCGCGUAUCUCGUGAAGCUUUGCCAGCAUGUGGCUUCAAUCCAAGCCAAUUACUAUUUUCAUCGCUCCCAACCCAAGCCCACCAAUUAAGUCCAUCAUCUCGUAUUGGUGUCUGUUAUCGUCCCACUGUGCAUGUCAUCAUUUUGAUAAUAACAAGAGCAGUUCGAGGUUCCUACAGCAAUGAUUCGGGGGAUUAUUUACUAAUCUCAGUAUUUGAGUGAAUUGACAAGGAAACUGCAAAUUAUUGGUCAAACUGGCCCAAUUUGUUAAAAACGAAAUCUCCAACUCCACUAUGUUUCCGACUUAGUCAAUUUUAAGCUCUCGUCUCGGUUCACCAUCCCUGGUUUACUGAAUGAAUGAAUAAAUAACAACUAUACCGGCAUAUUUACUGUAAUUCCCCUGUUCCACAGAUAUUGCGAAACAGCAUAUUGUUUAUUACCCGGUUGCUCUCUCUGUGCAGGCGACGAAGGAGUAGAAUGAGAGACACAUUCUCUUGAGAUCCAUAAUAUCCAGGUUUUAUUAAGUGACUGGUAUAUUUCUGACAAUGCAAUUGGGAAAGCUGAGAAAUAUUUUUCCCUGUUGGCCAGAUCCAGGUUAGCUACCAGCCAAUUCUACGUAAAAAACAGAAAAACGGUCAAGAAGCACCGGGAAACAAAUGUGUCCAGAGAAAUACAAAGUGUUACUGACAGAGCUUGUACUCAUUUAGUGGUGAGUUAUAUCUGGAGAAAGGUAAAGGAACAAUUAUAUGACCUGCUAAGUGACCGAGAUGUAGAUUCAACCACAAAUUAUUGUUUUGUGUUCAGGGUCAUACUGUUUGUUUGACCUGGUGUGGACUUGUUUUUUUCUUCCCAAAUUAAGCAUCUAAUCUAAAACUCCUUCCUUUCCUCUUCCAUUUGCGUACUAGGUUGAUCACAUGAGAGCUUAGCAUGAACAGGAGAUCCAUGCAGUUAGACAAUUAUGCUGCUGAGCACACAGCUCUUUUACGGUUCCCUUCCAAAACUGGGCCCACCAGAAUCACAGAAGCCUUGGAACAUCGGUUGCACGUAGUUGGGACUCCUACAGUCCUUUGUGCUUCUGCCACACAUUUGGUGUAAGAGAGUCAACGUGCAGCCGAUGUCCCAAGUCUUUGAAACUUGUGGUGAUGGGAAUUAAUAAAAUGAUAACUUCAUAGAAAAACACCCAAAUGCAUGAAACCUCAGGCACGAGCACCAGGCUCCCCUCCCUAAGGACGGGUCUGGUGAUGAUUGUGGCUCCUGCUUAAUGUGUGACAUUGGACCAUGACCUAUUUAUGUGAUCCUUGUGGUGCAUUGAUGAUGCUCACUAGGUCCUACAUGUGCAACCUCGUAUGCCUUCUACAUGGAGGAAUAGUUCCUUGAUACAAUUACAUCAUUUUAAUAAGACUUACUAAUUAGUAGAAACACAACAGUAAAUUCUGUUUAAUGCUAUAUAAUUCUGUUUUGUCAUAAAUUAUUACUUAUUAUUUAGACUGUAAAAGACAAGUUGGAAGCGUUCUACUUCAUUUUCAAUGAAGCCAAUUUGUAUCUCACACGCAUGUGAUGACUCUAAAAUAGAAAGUAGAAUGGUCCAGAAUGUGUAUAAUGAUAAUCCAAUAAAUGAUUAUCUAAUCACGACCUUCACACAGUUGGUUGACUACCAAUCCCAGACUUUGACUGCCAGAUAUGUGAGAUAUAUCCCAGCCUAUAAAUUGAAGUCCUAAAACUGACAUAAAAUGAAAUAGAAACAGACUAAAAACCACCAAACUGAAAUUGGAAAAUAUUGCCAAGUCCUGCUUUUUUAGUGUAUCGUUUUCAACUUGGUUGUGAGUCGAUUGCAGCUCACUGUUUAAUAAAUAAAUCCCGUAUAUUCCAAUGAUGUGGAGCCAACUCAAUUGCUCCAUUUGUCAUAUGAACAUGAUGUAUAUUGCACCCUGCCGCAAUGGAGUUAAAGAGGCAGAAAUAUAAUUGGAUUGCAUGAAAGGUAAGAAAGCUUGAAAGACUUGCGUUUGAUGCGAUGUUGCCACGUGAGACACGCAGUCUAGUGCUUUGCCUCAGUACUCCUUAGUGGACUGUUAGUCACAGUGAGGGGACCAAGGACUCAACUGCAGCUCCUAUUAUCACCAAUAUUAAACCUAGUUUGACAUGCUAGUCAGUCGCUAUCUAUCCUUAAAUCACUUUACACAGAAGGCAGUCAUUAACAUCCCUAUUGAAUGCUGGUAGAUGAUGCCUGGUUAAUUGAAGUAGUCGAACAUUUUGCAAAAGAAAAUAUUAAAAGGACACUAUAGGCACCAAAACAACUUUAUCUUAAUGAAGCCAUUUUAGUGUAUCGAUCACGCCCCUGCAGUCUCACUGCUCAAUUUUCUGCCAUUUAGGAGUUAAAUCACUUUUGUUUCUGCAUAUGCAGCCCUAGCCACACCUCCAGUGGCUGAGACUCUCACAGCCUACAUGACAAAAUGGUUUCAUUUCAAUCAGAUGUUAACUUGCUUUAGAAGAUUUGUUUUUCUCCUGCUCUGUUAUCUGAACAAUCACCCACAGGAGGCUCCUGCAGGGUCCAGUAGACUAUUAAUAGAGUAGGCAAUAAGAAAUUCUAGAUUAAACCGACUGUGCAAUAAAAGAACCUAAAAUAUCUAGGUUUGGUCUCAGGAAGGCUGUGGAAGUCACAUGCAGGGAGGUGUGACUACGGCUGCAUAAAGUGAUUUAACUCCUGAAUGGCAGAGAAUUGAGCAGUAUCUAUACUUCAAAAUUGUUUAAUUAAACUAAAGUUGUGCUGGUGCUUAUAGUAUCCCUUUAACAUAGUUGAACAGGCCAUGUUUCUAAAACAGAUGUGCUGAUGGUGGGGACAGUGAAGGGCCAUUCUGGAAUGAUAUAAUACAUUUUCCUUAAAUGGAACUUUGCACUAGCAACAUGUUUCAUAAACCUAACAACAUGAUUAAUCAAUACAGUAUGUGCCUUUCUAGGAAGCCGUAGCAGAUGUAGUAAGAGGUUGUGUAAUUUGUACAUCGGUUCUAGAAUGCAGUGCCAGGGACGGGCAGUAAGAGAGUGCUGUAGUUGGCAAACCAAACUCCAGUUCUCACAGACCGCAAUAAUUAUUUAUUUUCUAUUGAUUACCUCCUGUAUGUUGUACGGCAAUGUUACAGAUAAACUGACAACUUGUAACAUACAAGCAGCAAAAUAUUGGUACAGCGAGCUUUAGAGCCCUGAUGUUGUUGACUUACAGUCUAGGAGGCAGUGAGAUCGAAGGUAAGUGGGUUACAUAGGAGAUUCAACCACACACAUGGUUGAAAUUGAUGUCUAAGGUGGGGGACAGAUUGGAGACUCGGUAAUUCUAACAAUCGUUAAAACAGAUUAAAAAGAGAAAUGAGGAACAUAAUUAAAGGAGAAGACCGGCACAAAUCCCCCUGCAUAAUAUAAGAGGAAAAGGGGUAGAGUUUAGUAUGAUGGAUUAUACUUGGGAUACGUGGAAGAGAGUCAAGUCCGAUAGGAAAAUCAAGACAGAUUAUUACUAGAAAUGGAUAAGUAUUUUGCCAUAACAGAUCCUGGAGGUUCUAUAAGUGAAAGUGACAAGAUUUAGCGAGGGAUGCAGUGUGAAGAGAAGGUUGCGAAGUUGAUUUGAAAUAGAAGUUAUUCCCAGCCAUUGACCUUUACCCAUUCGCAAUGAGAGUGCAGAUGUUACAUAGUUACACAGUAAUCUAGGCUGAAAAAAGGCUAAAGUCCAUCGAGUUUCAAUAUAUCACUAUUCUGUCUCUUCACCAGUAUAUUAGCUGUUAAUCCUAUGGCUGGAAGGAGACAGUAAAGCGUGGCUAUUAAUCUGUUGGUGGAUCCAUAGGGGCUUUGUCAGGAGGACAGAGUCUAGAGUAGAUGAGCAGGCUUGCCUCAGUGGAUGUGGCCAUAAAACGGGAACUUUCUAAAGUUUAAUAGUCUAGACCAGGGAUAGGCAACCUUUUAGCAGCACUGUGCCUAUAUAGGAUUGUGAUGUCCAAUAGCGUGCCGAUCCUAUUUUUUUAAAUUGAGGUGUGUAUGCUGCCGUAUUCUGCUUGUGUUAUUUUUACUGUAAUUGCUUUGUAUUGUUGUAUUUGUGCGUAUAUGAGCUAUUAUAAUGUAUCUGUUCAUGAGUAGUUUAUGGUAUCGUGUAUGAUACAUAUGAAUGUGGGCUGUGUAUGGGGGCUGCUUGUGGAAUUGUGUGUGGAUGGAUAUGUCACAUUGUGUGUUUGGUAGUGUGUGGGGGCUGUUUGGGGUAUUGAAUGUGAGAGGCUGCAUGUGGGGUUGUGUGCAUGUAUGUAUAUUGUUAGUGGUGUUGCGUUUGUGGGGAUUGUGUGUUGUGUGUGUGUGGGCUGUUCAUAUUAUUUGUAUGUGGGUAGGGUUAUUCUACAUUUCUGUGUAUAUCUAGCAGCGUGGGUGGGUUCCCUGGGUUCCAGUGGCGACCAGGCUGGCCAGACACAGGUCAAGGACAGGAGCUGCGAUAGCUGUCGAGGGCUGCUCUACUACACUGUGAAUUCCCAUUCACAAGUGCUGGGAGGAAGUGAUCUGAGAUCACUUACUCUAUGUGCUGCAAUGCAUAAAUUGAGGUUUGUCCUUCACCACCUCUUCGUAUUAGCAGAUAUCUGAAGUUUUACUGGGACUCCUGAUAUACCAGAGUGCGUUUGGCUCUAGCAGCCUUGAGAGCCAUACAAAGACACCUCGAGUGCAUGGCACUAGUGCCGUAGGUUGCCUACCCCUGGUCUAGACAAUAACAAGGAAAUCCCUCAAUGUGUUAGAAAAAUCUAGUUAUGUACAAUCAAAUAUAUAUAUAUAUAGAUGUACAAAAAAGAUAACAUUUGUAUCUUGUAAUACCUUUUUUAUUGGACUAACAGAAUUGUAAUGACAAGCUUUCAGGAGAACCUCCCUUUCACACACACCAGUCAAUCCACAAUAUCAACAAUGAACCACAUUUUUGCCUUAUAAUUCCAUUUUAAACAUGGAUUCCUUGGAGUAUGUGUCUGUUGUAUACAACAGCUUUGAAACACAACUCAGGAAGAGGAGCAAAACCAGUGAAAUUUACUAUGCUGUUACAAACGCUCUUUUCCACAAACUGGAGAAGUGUGGAAGCUGGCCACCUGCCCACCGACUAUGGAGUCGGUGGAAAACUUCAGGAGGUUGUGGAAAACUUUCAUGGAACGAAGCAUUUGUCACAUAUUCCCUUGUCCGUUUUCCACAUUCCAAAUUCAGCGAUUAAAUCCUAUUCUUAAAACACACGAGGAUAACAUCAAGUCGUUAAAAUAAAGACGUGUCCCCAUGGGAGUAUUGAUUCCACUAGAAACUCAAACAGUACUAGAAAAUAUUGGGCAGACGUCCAAAGUUUAAAGUCCAAAAAAGAAAGGAAAAUAAUUUUGCCGGUGCUACGUGUAAAUAAACUUACAAAGAAAGCCAGAUGUAUAUCGAUCGAUACAGGAUUAUUUCCGAAUAUAAAUUGAGGCAAUAUUUUUGUGACUUGAGAUGAUUUGAUAAAGUUAAUCUCUCGAUGAAAAGGCAGAGCUCGAGAACGUGUGCAAUAUUCAUUUAUGUUCUAAAACAAUACAUCAUAUCCAUUGACAUAGCAUAUUCAUACGAACACGCCUGCGGUUACAGAGAAUGUCACCGGAACAGAUGUCACUUUUGUCUCCGGUUGCACUGUAUCUGUGUGACCGUAAUCUCAUUAGUUUGAACAGUUUAGAUAUAAAGGCACUAAAACCGAUGUGUACUAAUAAAAUACCAAGUAAUUACUAGUAGUAUUACAUUUACCAAUAGUAGUCAUUUAUUUAUAAAAUGGGGAGUUGUUAUUGCAUUUCAUAACUGUAUAAUUAUUUUAAUAAACACAAAUAAUUUUUUGGAACUUGGGACGGUUCUAUUGUAUCCACCUACUUUAUUAUCGUUAUUUUAGGUAUACUUUUCCAUUGCGCUCUCUUAUAUUGUUUGGUUUUUAUAAUUAUGUUAAUACAUUCUAAUUAUUUUAGCACAUUGAUUGACCUACACCGUUCCAUCUUUUUAGAACACAAUAUUUCUACUAAGUGAUUUCCCCUAGAUUCUCAUUUUUCUUCGCUAUUUAUCAAAGUAGUGUAGGUAUAUAUUGGGGUAAACCACAAAUAGCAAAUUAAUCAAAACUGAUUAUUGUUGACAUUUUAAUUACACAUAAUUUAUCUGUACAGUUAUAUUUUCAAUUGUGGAUGGUUAGAACAAGCUACAAUAAGGAUUCCAAAAGGCUUUAAUAUUUGAGACAUUGACUCAGCAACAUACAUCACAAUUUUUAUUUUUUUUAUUUCAACAUAUCUACGGAAUACUUUCCAAAAACUGUUUUUUUUUUUUUCUUUCUUAAGUGCUUUGUCAUUAGUCUAUGAUUUACCACUCGUCCCUUUUUAACCUUAUUCCUAGUUGCGGCAUGGAGUCCACACAUUGCACUUUUGAUGUUGUUAUGGUGUGAGCUUUCUCUCUUUGAGACAGAUUAAUGAAAUGCAUACAGACAGUGCUUACAAAGUCUCUCCUUGUGUAGAAAUUCCGCUAAUCACAUGAAAUCAUUAGGAUUAUCCUAAUUCCACAAUAAUGACUGAGGCAUGGGAAAAUUGAGAUUUAUGAAAGUGUUGCCUUCUGGAAGAUGGUGCAAAAGAAGGGCAAUCACCAUGGAAACCAGUGGAAUCAUCCGGUACAUUCUAUUAGUGAUGCCUUCCUUUUACAUCUUUGUAUCACCACUUUUCAAAGCAGAACAAUUUGAUAAAUCUUGCUACAGUGUCUGCCUAAGAUUACUCUUUUCUGACCCAUACGUUACAUCAAUAUAUCAGAAUAUAAUCACCCCAUAGUGUUCAGUAGAAUGUCAUAAUAUACACCAUAUACCCUUUGUUCCUCCAAACUAAUUCCAAGGGCUGUAGCUCACACAUACUCCCUUUUUCCUCUUGUAGCUUGGCCAGUAAGCCUCAAAUGACAUUUCCCUGCUUCCUCUCUUUCGAAAGAGUCCUAUUGGUUUCCAUGAUGAUUGCGCUGAUUUUUGUACUUUAGAACACCUUUUAGAAUGGACCACUUUGAUAAAUCCCCCCAAUGUGCCAUAACACUGGAACUGCCAUGCAUGGGAUAUACACUGGAUGAGAAAUCCGGGUAACUAGCCAGUUAAUUAGAUUUCUAAUUCUAUUAUUCUAUUCCUAUCAGAAAGUGAUAAUAUUAUUAAAGCGUUCUGGCAAUGUGAGACCUUAUUUAUUAAUCCAUGUAGUAUUUCUUUCUCACCAGCAAGGGGAGACAUUUCUCCAAUCCCGUUAGAUUCUGCUUGACUGGCUUGAACUGACAUUUCGCAAGAUAAAGGUUUAACUUGUGUAGUCAUCGACUAGAGAAAAAUCCAAAUUAGACAAGAUGUUAGGGAUACUUCUGCUGCAAUCCCGCUCUGAAGCCAUAUAUCCUCAUCAUAUAUGCUCAUGACGAAUGCCACGGUACAGUACUGUGGAAUGUGUUUUUUUUUUUUUUUUUUAUAUAAAUAAAAUUCUAAAAAAUUACUGAAUGUGGAAAAACAGCAAUUCAAGAGGGAAAAAAAAGUUAACAUAAGUUGUCGGUGAUUUUCAAUGUUUUAUUGAGUGAUAUAAUCUCCACAGAAGUGACAGUCCCUUUUUAAAAUCUACCUCCUAUUCUACCUGUGAAUCUGCCACUUCGUUACUGGCAUAGGAAUUGUGUAUGAAUUCUGAAUCAUCCCUUCACUCCCUCAUCGUUGAGUUGUUGUUGUUUAAUGAAGCUGUGUUAACACUCUUCUCCUCCCCUUCCAGCUGUGUGAUUGUGGCAUUUUAUCCUUCUCGAAUGUGGCCUUUUCAAUAUACCACCUUGUUACCAGUUUAGUUCAUCAGAAAUCUCUAAAAACACCCACGUAGCGUGAACUCUUGCUGUUUCAAAGCAUGCUAUUAUUGCCCCUCAGAAAUGUCAUGCAAUAGACUUUAUCAAAUAUGCCAUUUCUGCAAUCCAUAUGUCUAAUACCCUCUCAGAUCUAGCAAAUAAUUGGAUAAAUAUUGGUGAUAAGGCACAAAUGCCAGGAUGUGAGACAGAAAUUGGAUUACAAAUGGGAUAUCAUUGAUAGAUUGUAUAUAAUGCUUAACUAUAAUAUUUCCCUUCCUAUCUAAUUUGUUAGUUAUGUUUAACCCCUUAAGGACACCUGACGGAAAUAUUCCGUCAUGACUCCCUUUUAUUUCAGAAGUUGUUAAGGGGUUAAAUAGUACUUCUGUGUGUAUGUCAGUGCGUGUGUAUGUAUAAUAUUUCAUGUACCAGUCCACUGUUGACAGUGAUUAGAUGAUUUUUAUGCCGUCAAAUUAAUUAGAUAAUUAGAUAGGCUUAUUAUGCCUUUUGAAAAAUAUUAUUGCUUCCAUGGAAACCGCAAGGCUUUGUGUGGUCUGUCAAUGUGGAGUCCCCUGUUUCAGACAAUAUAUCAAUAGCUACAAAUCUGCUCGCUUGUAUUCUCAUCAACAUGGUGUGGAUGGUUUGGGUGUAAGCCAUUCCAUGCUAAUCCACAAGAAUUAUAUGAUAAUGAUUAGCGUAAAUCACAUCUGAGAGUUGUAAUUCACGUGUGAGAGGUAAGCAAACGACUUGUGCAUAUUAUUAUUAUCGCCAUUUAUAUAGCGCCAACAGAUUCCGUAGCGCUUUACAAUAUUAUUAGAGUGGGUUAUUUAACUAUAAAUUGGACAAUUACAAGAAAAUUUACAGGAACGAUAAGUUGAAAAGGACCCUGCUCAGCUUACAUUCUACAGGGACAUAUAAAACAGAAACAGCGUUAGACCGCCGGAGGGACAAAUAAAUAAUUAAACGGCUAAUCUACUAGUUGCCUAAAGAAUAAGCAGCCCCAACCAAAUCUUUCUCAGCCUACACCAAACUCGGGGAAUAUUAUUUCUCGUAGGUGAACUGGUGUAACGGCCCAAUUGAUUCCCCAGGAUUAAUCCCAAGGGAGCUGCAGGUAGCUGGUGAGCAUCACCCAAGUUCCCAGAGCAGCCUGAACCCUCUGUCCACCAGUUAGUCCAGUCAAGACCUUGAGUUUGCAUUUAGCGGAAAAUAUCACUUUUAACACCAUCAACAAGUGGUGGAAAUGGUGAUAUUGUGUCCAAGCAAGUAAGUAUUGCCUAUAAUGGAUAGGGCAGGGCAAAAGUAUGUUACCACAGGGGCUCAGAUUGCUCCAGGUUGCACACUAGUUCGCAUUGUAUAGAGUGGAGAACUCUGUGAAAAUAUGAUCGUAAUCGCUCUAAUGUGGACCUUCCAGGACGAGGAUGAGGUAAGUCUCUACCAAUCUAGCAAUGAAAGAAAAUAGAGGCAGUUAUUGAUAACGAGGAGUUCACAUAACAUGGCUAUCAUGCCCAGCCUCCAGACCUUUUUAAAAAAAUGUUUUAAUCGUAAUCUGAUUUAAAAAAAAAAAAAAAAACCCUUUCUGGCAGAAUAUUCAACAGCUCUACCUCUUUUAUUCUCCUCAGUUCCUGGUUUAGUGAACAAAUGCAGCGUAUACAGAGUUAAUUGUCUUUAUAGAGUUGAGUUAGGAGAAAUCAAUUAUUAGGAAAUUUAGUCUAAUAAUUAUUAACUGUUCUGUUAUUAUUUUGUCAUAUUUCUAAUCAUGCUUAAUUAAGAAAAAGGAAUGACAAACAUGAAUAAUUAAAAAGAUAUUUACAAAAUAAAUCCUAUAUAUUUUUUAACACUAUAUGCAAUAUAUUUUGUAAACAAAAUUAAGUUACAAAACAAAAAAUAAUCACCGCAGGCUUGUGUCAGCCUAGCCUUGCUGUGUUGUCCCAAACCUCUAAUAGAACCAUUGCAUCCCUCCAUUGAACUUAAAAAAGGACCACUAUCUCUUUGGGGUUGAUUCACUGAAUACUGGAUAAUCGUGAACUAAAAAAAAAAUAAAAAAUAAAAAAAUUGUGAAGCUAUCUAAAACAGACAAGUGAUGACUAUAUAGCUGAGCUGGAGGUCCAAUUCACUGAAUACACUCCAUAGUGUGAACUUUAAUUAGGACACAUUACUAUAAAACUGACGUUCAUAUUGCAUAUAUAAAUGAUAAAUGAGCUUAGAACAGUGGCAGGCAGUAACAGCUCAAUCCCAGGGCACUGGUUUUAAGGGACCCUUUUUCUUUUUCUAUUUUUCUAUGUCUGUUACCCAUUCUCCUUAUUUCUAACAUCGCAAAAUCUAACUGUUUCAAAAACACUGGAGGGUUUAUUUUGUAUACAGCAAACUGACAAAGCGUCACAGACGCCAACCGUUGAAUAUUUUGCCCUGCGUGUCACUUUUAGACCAAAAGCUCUCUGCUGCCAGUGAUGUCACUAAAUUGGGACAGCCGGAGGUUUCUUAAAAGCUUUAUGUAGUCUGCAAAUUAAAGUUUUAUUCCACUUACAAAGACAAAACACUCCAGAGCAUCAACAUGUAUCUCCAGCCAGCCACAUCCUCAUUUAUGUUAAUGGGAAACAUACCCUGAAUCCCAAAAUGUUUUAUUAAUGAAGUUUUUUUUUAUAUAUAGAAGGCAAGAGGCACGCUCAAAUGACACACAUAGUUAGGGGUGUACAAAGUGGCAUUUAAGAACCUCGUAGAGAAAUAUCACGAUUGUAUGUCAUUUUCCAGCAUUAAAUGCUCAUUACAUGAUUGAUACCCACUUUGCUUUAGAAGUUUCCAAGUCUAUGCAAUAACUCAAGCGAUGGUGGGACUCUUGAAUGGUAAUACAACCCUAGUGACUGUCCCCUGGCGGUGUGCCUAUGUAGAUACAUUGGUGCAAUUUAAGCUCUUUUGGUUUUGAAAAAGAGCACUGAUCGCAAACUCUGUGGAAUAGAUAAUGCAAUAAUACUUGUGUUGGCCAAGACACUUCGUCGUUUCUCCUCCGUCAUCGGCUCCAGAAGAUGUUUCGGACAUCCGGAUGUUUUGGGGCAACAAUUCAUAGAAUUCAGAUAACUGUGUCCAACAAAUUAAUGACAGAUCCUGUUUGGACCACCCCUCCACUCCCCCACUACCCUUCUAUAGGUAUGUUGUCAAAGUUUUCCUAGUAGCUACCUCGUCUUCAGUGAAAAAGAUGAGCCUUUUGGUCCUAGAAGCUAUUUCAUGCAGUGGCCAAAAUUUAUAUUCCUUGACCAUUUGGUUGUUCUAAUUAGUAAUUAAAUUAUCUCACCAAGCUCGGCCUCUCCUACAAAAUAUGAGAUUGAACAUUGUGUUUUGCUGAAUAGUUGCAUCAUUUAGGACAAAGUAUCCGAGAUGAGAAAAAAAAUUAAAUGCUGCAGUUUUUUCUUCUAGUGUAGCUAUUUUUACAUUUUAAUUUUUUUCACAGUCCGCUAUCAAAAUCGCGCAUGUCACUGUUUAUGGCGUAGCCGUAAACCCUUUGUUGACUAUUUAGCUUGAUUUAAAUUGGAAAUGGAAUGAAAUCAGUAGAUACAAAUGGUGCUUUUUUCAUGCAAGCAUAUAGAGUUUAGACAAGGAAAACAGAAUACCUUUUUACUUUUAUUAACACGCCAUCUACAUAUAUAAUAGAGGGCUGCUAAAUAUAGCUUUCUUUGCAGCGCCAGUUUUUUUAAAGUAGUACAAAGCCUGACCUUAUUCUAUAAGGAAAUAAAAAGCAGAGCCAACGAUUCCUCCUGUUAAGUACCACUACUGUCAUUUUACAGGCUAAUCGGCAUCGCCACUUAUUGAAUGAUGUUCUAAAUAAAUAGGUUAGCAAUAUCUAACCAGAAGAAAAAUACUGAUAACAUUAUGCAGGGCUUUAGGGUAGUACUGGGCUCGUCUAAAGGGGUUGGAAUGGUUUAGCAUGAGAAUGGGCAGAGAGUGGAUGCCGUCUUCGAGCCAUUCGAGAGUGGGUGCCGUUAUCGAGGUGUUCUGUCAGCCCAAAUAUUUUAGGACAUAAUGCGAUUGUGCGUUUCCAGAUUAUCCUACCUUAUGCGCACAUUAAACCAUUGCUGUCGGUAUUCUUACCUGUGAUAGACGUAGUUCUGCCCUGACUCUUAGGGCUGGAUUUUCUUGCACAGUAAGAGUUAACUCUACUUACUGAUUAUCAAUUUUCCCAUAGAUGUCAAUAGAGGAAUUGCCAUUCAGUGAGCAAAGUAAACCCUUACUCUACUAAGAGAAUCCAUCCUAACAGGAAUCAGGGUUCAAAUUGAAACACUUUGUAUUCAGGGUGUUUGGGGAUGGGUGAUGGGUGGCUGAAGUCGGCCUAUUUGCUGUUCUGCCAUCUAUCAUUCACUUUUCCAAUAAAGGGCUUAAUUUGAUAUGCUUUCCAGAUGAAUCAAUACUGUUAUAUAUACCUUUAAAGGGUUACUCCAACCACCAUGACCAUUUCUGCUUUUUGAAGUUGUCAUGUUGGUAGGAGUUUGGGGAUGUGACGUGUUUCAGGUCCCCCUUUCCUCCCUCCAACCAUCCACCCAUCCUUCUCCCACCCUCCUCUUGCCAUCUUAGAGUGUACAUCCAGAAAUUGGCAUUUGUGUGCAGGGGGCUAGCUCCACCCCUGCCACAUGUGACAUUGGCAGCCCAGGACUCUGUUCCAGGCUGGCUAAUGUAAAUUCUGUGCACAUUUUCCAUCUGUUCUCCUCGCUUACAACAUACUGGCAACAGACGUAAUAUGAUUCUCACCCUGCAGGCAGUACCUGUAAGGAAAAUCUUAUAUUAUUUAUUGGUAUUUAUAUAGCUCCAACUUAUUACAGCAUUUUACAAUGUUAUAAAAUUAACAAUAAAUGAGACAAUUACAAAAUGUUACAUAAACAAUAGGUUGAUGAGAACUUUGCUUUAAAUGAGCUUACUGUUGUAACCGCAUAAGGAUUGUCUUGGAAGCAAUAAAGUUUUGUCUUUUUAGAUAUUUAAUUUAUAAAAAAUAUAAAUAUAGACCUAUAUUGCAGUCCAAAUAUAAAUAUAGACCUAUAAAGCAGUCCAUUACAAUAAUUUAUAGCAGAGUUUAUAAGAUGAAAUAUAUGCUUGCAAUAUCAUUACAAUAAAAUAACAUACCCUCUUGAACAUGUCAACAUCUCUCAGUCAUUAUAAUAUGGAGCGACACUGUCUCGGUCUCCAAAUCUCUCCUCUGUCCAUUAACUUUUAAAAGGUACACAUAUUUAUAUCUUAAAUGUUCAUUUUAGGACCUCCCUUAACUUGGCAAAGAUACAAGGCCAUAACUAACACGUAAGUGCACACGUCGUGGGAAAUUCCCUGACUUGGGACAAGAUGGCUUCCUAAAGUCCGAUGACGUAGCAUAGCCUUGAAGAUGUCAUUGCAUUACUUGUUUUGUAUUAAGCUAAGACAAACUGGUGUAAACAUAUUAUGCACUGAAAGUAGGUUAGAGGUUAUUGCUUAAAGAAACAUGUAUGAAAAACAAUAUCUUCCAUUUCUGACACUUUGUCAGUUUGCAAUAUCUCUGAUAGACAAAGUACACAGUUCUAAAACUUGUAAUAUUUGCAUUUGCCCAUAAGUGUCCCUGCCUGCAGCCCAUCUACCUCCCCAUUCCAUCUAUGCAAUUUUAUUUUUCUCCCUCUCUCCACCCUUCCCCUUGCCAUCUUGGAGCGCGUGCAUUUGCUCUGACACAGCUAAAGGGUCCAUCUAAAGGCUUCUUUAUUAUAAGCCUCUUAUUGGACCAUGCGUCGGCUGCCAUGACAACAGGGGCUUGGACAGAAGCACCGGAAACUUCACCUGUCACUGGAUUCCAGGUAAGUAAAACUUCUUUUAAACCGAUCUAUGUAGCGAUCGGUAAGCGGGUACAUAAAGAAUAAUGCCUAAUAGGGAGUUAUUUUUUACUCCCCCAUAUCUAAGGUUUGGAGUAACCUUUUAAAGUCUAUGGGAAUAUUUGUAGCCAAAUCAUUUGGAUUGCUUUUCUAACAAUUCUGAAUUCUUUUGAAAGCUUAUUAAAUUGAAGUGUUAAAAGCUACAUUUACCUAUUCCGUUUUCUAAAUAUGUCAGUGUUACGUGUCAUGCUGUCCUUGGCACGCGCUCACUGUUGCCCCUUUUCAUCUGUUAAAGCUCCGCAGCUACAAAACACGUCACAGUCGACUAAACAUUUGUAUCUAAGGAACAUCCUUAAGAAACCUCAGUCACUUUUUAAUGUCCACGUUUGAAUUUCACAUCCUAUCGCUAAGAACAUUAAAAGUGCUAUUAAUCAGUACGUGGCUCACAGGUUCAAAUACAUUAAUUUAUUGUGGUCAAUGACUGUGUGUCAUCCAGUGUGACUAUGUUCAAGACUCUAAUUGCCGCUGGAUUUUUAUCUCGCCAGCAGCAGGCAAAUAAUCUUUACAGCUGCUCACCAUUAACUUCCCACUAAAUAAAAAGUAAUGGCAGCUUUAUUUACUAAACUCCCAGCUUUAUAGACUGUGUCAGGUAGCUGGAAUAUAGUGCAAUGGAAAUGAAUGUUAAAGUGCGGAUCAGGGCAGUUGGCAAGCUAAACACAGAACAGCUGAGACUUCUUUUUUUCCUGUUAGAUAAACUUCUAAAAGUAUAGGUAACAUGAGCAGUGAUGUAUAAAAAGACAUCCUUCAAUUAAACACUGAUAGACUGUGAACUCGUUUGAGCAGGGUCCUCUUCACCCCAUCGUUCCUGUAAGUUUUCUUGUAAAUUGUCCUAUUUAUAGUUAAAUCCGCCCUCUCAUAAUAUUGUAAAGCGCUACGGAAUCUGUUGACGCUAUAUAAAUGGCAAUAAUAAUAAUAACAAAAUUAUAAACGCAACAAUUUUGUUUUUUUCACCAUUUUUCAUGAGCUGAACUCAAAGAUCUAAGACUUUUUCUAUGUACACAAAAAGCCUAUUUCUCUCAAAUAUUGUUCACAAAUAUGUCUAGAUCUGUAUUAAUGAGCACUUUGCCGAGAUAAUCCAUCCACCUCACAGGUGUGGCAUAUCAAGAUGCUGAUUAGACAGCAUGACUAUUGCACAGGUGUGCCUUAGGCUGGCCACAAUAAAAGGCCCCUCUAAAAUGUGCAGUUUUACUGUAUUGAGGGAUCUGGGGGGGUCCGAAAACCAGUCAGUAUCUGUGUGACCACCAUUUGCCUCACGCGGUGCAACACAUCUCCGUCGCAUAGAGUUGAUCAGGUUGUUGAUUGUGGCUUGUGGAAUGUUGGUCCACUCCUCUUCAAUGGCUGUGCGAAGUUGCUGGAUAUGGGCAGGACCUGGAACGCGCUGUCAUAUACGCCGAUCCAGAGCAUCCCAAACAUGCUGAAUGGGUGACAUGUUCGGUGAGUAUGCUGGCCAUGCAAGAACUAGGAUGGUUUCAGCUUCCAGGAAUUGUGUACAGAUCCUUGCAACAUGGGGCUGUGCAUUAUCAUGCUGAAACAUGAGGUGAUGGUCGUGAAUGAAUGGCACAACAAUGGGCCUCAAGAUCUCAUCACGGUAACUCUGUGCAUUCAAAGUGCCAUCAAUAAAAUGCACCUGUGUUCGUUGUCCAUAACAUAGGCCUGCCCAUACCAUAACACUACCUCCACCAUGGGCUACUCGAUUCACAACGUUUACAUCAGCAAACUGCUCAUCCACACGACGCCGUACACGCUGUCUGCCAUCUGCCCUGUACAGUGAAAACCAGGAUUCAUCCGUGAAGAAAACACUUCUCCAAAGUGCCAGACACCAUCGAAUGUGAGCAUUUGCCCACUCAAGUUCAGUUACGACGACGAACUGCAGUCAGGUCGAGACCCCGAUGAGGACGACGAGCAUGCAGAUGAGCUUCCCUGAGAUGGUUUCUGACAGUUUGUGCAGAAAUUCUUUGGUUAUGCAAACCGAUUGUUGCAGCUGCUGUCCGGUUGGCUGGUCUCAGGCGAUCUUGGAGGGGAAGAUGCUGGAUGUGGAGGUCCUGGGCUAGUGUGGUUACAUGUGGUCUGCGGUUGUGCGGACGGUUGGAUGUACUGCCAGAUUCUCUGAAACGCCUUUGGAGAGGGCUUAUGGUAGAGAAAUGAACAUUCAAUUCACAGGCAACAGCUCUGGUGGACAUUCCAGCAGUCAGCAUGCCAAUUGCACGCUCCCUCAAAACAUCUGUGGCAUUGUGCUGUGUGAUAAAACUGCACAUUUUAGAGUGACCUUUUAUUGUGGCCAGCCUAAAGCACACCUUUGCAAUAAUCUAAUAAUAAUUAGUCUAAUUAAUAUUAAGUCUGAUCAGCAUCUUGAUAUGCCACACCUGUGAGUUGGAUGGAUUAUCUCAGGAAAGGAGAAGUGCUCACUAACACAGAUUUAGACAGAUUUGUGAACAAUAUUUGAGAGAAAUAGGCCUUUGGUGUACAUAGAAACGUUUUUAGAUCUUUGAGUUCAACUCACAAAAAAAUGGGGGCAAUGGUGUUGCAUUUAUAAUUUUGUUCAGUGUACAACAACCCAUUUCGGUGUUGAAUGAAAACAUAGUGAAGACAAGCAGCAGACUCCUCCCCCAGCACUUCCUGUUUUUGGCUUCCUGUUGAGGACGUUGAUCAUUUUUUGAAAUGUACACUUUGAAUUAUUACAUUAUCAGCCUGGCGUGAAUGCAAUCUAGACUGACAGUCUCCCAGCUGACCCAUUAGAGCAGACCACGCAGAGAGUGUGCUGACCCAUAUUUGUUUUUUGUAAGUGGGCGAGAGGUGGGUAGGUCUGUAUGUAGACUGCACUCUACAUGCAGUCAGUACCAUCUGAUAUGCUCAUAGAAGUCUUGACCUCAAAAUGACAUGGUGUAACAUCUGGUUGGGAGAAUCCUGAGUGAGAAGAAGGAAAUAUAAGUUAUAAACCGCCACCAUUUAUGUUAAGAUAUUGUAUGUUGCAAAUCAAUAGGUUGUUCUUUAAUUCAUGUCUUUCUAACCAAAUCUCCACAACAGACAGUGAACCUAAAACAUUUUGGGACCAAAAGAGUUAAGUUGUCUUUAUAUUCGGGAUUUAUCCUUUAGUAAGCAGAGGUAAAGCAUUCAGAUGCUCAGUGAACUUUAGAAUGAUUACACGGUAACAAAGAAUGAAAAGAUAAUUUUGGUAACUAGCAACUACGUGGUAUUCAGCAUCAAUCAAACGACCAUUUAUGUAUCAUAGCAGUGGGUGUCUGUUUCCAAAUGCUGUGCUCCGAAACACAAUGGUAAUCCAUAUUAGUGUCCUGAUAUAUUAUCAUUAUCUUUGAUCUAAAAGGCAUAUUCUGCAGAGCUCUGUGUAGAUACAACUUUAGUUAUCCGUAACCAGCUCUCUUCUAGAGGGAAAGCUUGUAUUAACAUAUUGUCCUCCACUGUCCAAAUUCCAGAGUGUCGGGGUGACAUUAUUUUCUAGAAUUUGAUGUCUACCAGAACAUCAAAUUAAAUCUGUAUAAGAGGUGGCACCGAUCUCCUUCUCUGCAAUUGGCAACACUGGACAUAUCUUCAUGGACUAAUGGGUAAUUGGAGGACUUUUAUAUAGAACUCACUCCUGUGAAGACAUUUCAAGAUGUGCACAAUGUUUAGAUGAUGUAGUCACUUUUAGCACAUUAGUUUUACACCGUUGCUUCUUGAUGCAUCCUGGUUUCCAUUGAAGCUCCAGAUAAAGUACAAGAUCCCCACUCCGAUCUUGUUGGUGCAGGUCUGUCAGCCUAGCCUUAGGACAGCCAUCAAAAAUUAUGAAACCAUUUUGCUGGGCUCCCCAGGACACACUAAUAGACACUGCACACAUAUACAUACUCACAGAUACACACACAUUCCCAGACAUAAGCACACACGCAAACACUCUCCCAGACACCUGCAGAUACACCUCCCAGUUACCUAACAGAGACAUGCAUUCACAGAGAAACUCCAAAACACACACACACAGUGGCAGAUACUGCACACACAUACAUACUCACAGAUAUACACACAUUCCCAGACAUAAGCACACACGUAAACACUCUCCCAGACACAUGCAGAUACACCUCCCAGUUACUAAACAGAGACAUGCAUUCACAGAGAAACUCCAACACACACACACACAUAUACACAGUGCCAGACACUGCACACACAUACAUACAGAUAUACACACAUUCCCAGACAUAGGCACACACGCGAACACUCUCCCAGACACAUGCAGAUACACCUCCCAGUUACUAAACAGAGACAUGCAUUCACAGAGAAACUCCAACACACACACACACAUACAGUGCCAGACACUGCACACACAUACAUACUCACAGAUAUACACACAUUCCCAGACAUAAGCACAAAUGCGAACACUCUCCCAGACACAUGCAGAUACACCUCCCAGUUACUAAACAGAGACAUGCAUUCACAGAGAAACUCCAACACACACACACACACACACAUAUACACAGUGCCAGACACUGCACACACAUACAUACAGAUAUACACACAUUCCCAGACAUAGGCACACACGCGAACACUCUCCCAGACACCUGCAGAUACACCUCCCAGUUACCUAACAGAGACAUGCAUUCACAAAGAAACUCCAACACACACACACACAAACAGUGCCAGACACUGCACACACAUACAUACAGAAAUACACACAUUCCCAGACAUAGGCACACACGCGAACACUCUCCCAGACACAUGCAGAUACACCUCCCAGUUACCUAACAGAGACAUGCAUUCACAGAGAAACUCCAACACACACACACACAGUGCCAGACACUGCACACACAUACAUACUCACAGAUAUGCACACAUUCCCAGACAUAAGCACACACGCAAACACUCUCCCAGACACAUGCAGAUACACCUCCCAGUUACUAAACAGAGACAUGCAUUCACAGAGAAAUUCCCACACACACAUACACAGUGCCAGACUCUGUACACACAUACAUACAGAUAUACACACAUUCCCAGACAUAAGCAUACACGCCAACACUCUCCCAGACACCUGCAGAUACACCUCCCAGUUACCUAACAGAGACAUGCAUUCACAAAGAAACUCCAACACACACACACAAACAGUGCCAGACACUGCACACACACACAUACAUAUAGAUAUACACACAUUCCCAGACAUAGGCACACACGCGAACACUCUCCCAGACACAUGCAGAUACACCUCCCAGUUACUAAACAGAGACAUGCAUUCACAGAGAAACUCCAACACACACACACACACACACACACACAUAUACACAGUGCCAGACACUGCACACACAUACAUACAGAUAUACACACAUUCCCAGACAUAGGCACACACGCGAACACUCUCCCAGACACAUGUAGAUACACCUCCCAGUUACCUAACAGAGACAUGCAUUCACAGAGAAACUUCAACACAAACAUACACAGUGCCAGACACUGCACACACAUACAUACUCACAGAUAUACACACAUUGCCAGACAUAGGCACACACAUGAACACUCUCCCAGACACAUGCAGAUACACCUCCCAGUUACCAAACAGAGACAUGCAUUCACAGAGAAACUCCAACACACACAAUGCCAGACACUGCACACACAUACAUACUCACAGAUAUACACACAUUCCCAGACAUAAGCACAAAUGCGAACACUCUCCUAGACACAUGCAGAUACACCUCCCAGUUACCAAACAGACACAUGCAUUCACAGAGAAAUUCCCACACACACAUACACAGUGCCAGACUCUGUACACACAUACAAACAUAAAGUGUGACACACACUCUCAUGCAUACUGCCACUCACACACCAUAACACACACAAUGCCAUACAGAUAUACACACUGCCACUCACACUGCCAAACACAGACAUACACUGCGAAAGAGCCAGACCUGGCUACAACAUGCCUUUAACAGUGUUCAGGAAGACAUUUUGCUACCUCCUUUGUGAGUUUAAGUAAUCCCUAAAAAUGAUGAGAAAUUAAAGAAACUUUUCCAGAAUUGUUGUUUCCGAUUCCCUCGCCUCUGCCGGGACAGGUAGGCAGGAGAAUUGCAGAAAGUGCAAAACAAAUCUUUUAAUCCACUCCCUCAUGUCUUGUCACUGACGAAGGACCUGUUUGUGCUGCCAGUGUCCAUUAAAUGCUAACUCUUUACACCAAAUAAUUUUUUGAUAUAAAUUAUGGGAAAUGCCAAAAUAACACCUCAUCCUCCACCUUCCAUCAUCUUCCCUAUGGUGGUAUGAGCUAAACUGUCAAAGGUGUUCCCAGCUGUGGACCCUGCUUAGUCAUGUAUUUUGUUCUCGGCAACAACAGGUACACAAUUACGCCAUGGAACUUUCUAAUUGUCUUCCAGGACCCCCCUCUGAGCAAAAUAUCACAAAAUGUGUACUUGCAAUGCAAACAGUGAAGAGUAGCAAUAGAAUUGUUGGGCUGUCUGUCAGUGCAGACAAUGCAGCUGCAGUUUGUCUAUGACUCCCAUUGAGCAGCGACUACAUACUAACAUUGUUUGAAAACUAUGCAUGAGAUCACCAGCGUAUAGUAAUCAGUGUGUUCAGUCCUGGUUCCACCAGAAAAGCUGUGAUUUUCAGAAGACAGCAUGUUAUUAGUACCAUAUAUAUUUAUGGUUAAGAUGAGAAGCAGACGGAUGUAGGUUGAUGCUAUGGAUUCAUUGCAAUGUACGCAGCCGAAAACAAACAAAAGAAGUUUGAUGGCAUGAGGAAACAUCUCCAAGAGCAUGUCCCACCCAUAAAAGGAACGUUUAACAGUAACAACGCAAUCAAAUUUAACAACACAAACAAAGGCCAACAGAGAUAUUCACUAACGUUUGCAUUGUCAGAAAUUCAAAGUGAAUUCAAGUUAUUAUUAUAGCCAAGGUGGACAUUUAUUUAUUUAUAAAAUAUUUUACCAUGAUACAUGGACACAUUGAGAUUUCUCUCGUUUUCAAGUCCACAAAACAUUGCAUUGAUACAAUAGGAUGCAAUAAAAUACAAAAAUAUUAUUUCACAAAUUAUACAAAAUGUAACAUAGAACAGGUAAGACAUAGUAAACCACGACAGGUGCAUUCUGUUUUGAGGGAUGUAGAGAGAAAACUCUUAAAGGAUUUUAGGCCUGGGGAAGAUUUGCAAGUGUGCGGGAGGUCGUUCCACAAUUGCGGUGCUCUGUAGGAAAAGGAGGAUCGGGCCGCUUUCUUUUUGUAUUGAGGUAGACUAAAUAAAGUGCUGGUACUGGAUCAGAGGUUAUAGAAGGUGGGAACAGCCGGGGAGAGCAUUCUACUCAGGUAGGGUGGGAAAACUCUUAAACACAAGAUGUAGGGAAAGCUGAAGGGUGCGUCUGGAUUCCAGCGACAGCCAGUUUAGCUCUUUUAGCAUGUCACAAUGGUGGGUCAUGUAAUUACAUUGUAGCACAAAGCAUUAAUUAUAUAACAUAGUAAGUUUAUUAAGGUGGGAUUGCGAUGCAGAUGCAUAUACUGCAUCCCCAUAAUCAAUGAUUGGCAUCAGCAUUUGCUGUACAACCUUUUCCUUUACUGUAGGGCUUAGGCAGGACUUGUUUCUGUACAGGGCACCUAGUUUUGGAUAAAGUUUUGAUGAGAUUGUUUCUAUGGAAAUCUAGUUGACAUGGAUCAUUUUUCCACUUAAUUUGAAAUUUAAUUUAAAAAUUCCCAACAAUUUACACUUUACUUACUAAACCUGUCUUUCUAGACACCUGUAUCACUUGAUUUAUUACCCUGAACCAAAGCAAAAAGUAGUUUUAACACCAAUCCGUGUUUUACCUUAAACCUAAACAGCGGAACUGUCACUUAUAAGGAAUUACCGCCAUUCAAUAAAUCCUCUCUAACUUAUGUGAACCUUUUUUUUCUUUGUAUGUUCCAUUUUCUCCUAAAAUGCAUAUGAGGAUUUAACCGAAUGACAUCACUAUCCAAUUCAGACCAGGCACAGACACAGGGCACACAUUGUGAAUAAGGAGGACAAGCAGUAACAUUGGUUUCUCCUCUUCUCUGUAUAAUUUUCUCUACACUCUAUAACCUCUUUAAAUUAUUUUUAACGUUCUUGAUAGAGUGUCGGCAUAUUCGGCCAUUCAGCAACAUAAGUGCAUGUGGUAUACAAGUAAUUGCAUAUGUUUGAAAAUGUGUCUGCGUCGGCUGUCGGAUGAUGGAGUCAGAUCUGGCUGUCAAAUCCCCUAAAAUAGAAUAACAUUGGCAUAAGCAUCCUGUAGAUUUAGAAGACCCAUCAUUCCGAAUGGUGCAUUCGUGGUACUUGGGAUAUAACUGAAGUGAGAGUGACAUCUGCUGGUGAGGUGGUGUAAUUCAACUUUGCAACCAACUUUAACUCUGGCAACCGUUUUAAGUCCAUGGGUUUUGCCCACUCUUUCUCGUCUUUAGUUUAAAAUAUUUCAAAGACCGGCCUCUGAAAUGAAAGCAUGUUUUUUAUUGUGCAAACUUUAUACGGGAGAUGCUGUCUCCUCUAUCCAUGUAUCUCAAGGUUUAGACCAUUGAGGUCAAAAUGUACUUGAGUUCUUGGAGUUUGUUGUAAUUGCAAGAGAACAACAACUCCGCACGUUGUAUAAGAGUGUGCAGCCAGAGACAAUUAUCGUCUUAAUGCUACUUAAAACUACUCAUUUAAAACUGAAGUACAACAUACAAAUGUUUGCUCUGAUAACUAGACAUAUACACAGAAAGUCAAGAUUUUUAUUUUCUUUGAAAACAUAACAAUCUAACCCAAACUCCUACAAAUAUGUCCUUUAAGUCCAAAACAGGGGACAAUGAGGGCAAUUAUACGUACAUACCUAGCACAUGCCUCUGCCAACCCCAAGUAGGGUAUAAGACUUAUGAAAUUCUAAAGGGCUUCAUUCACUAAACACUGAAUUACAAUGACUUAAAAACUUAGCAGAGCGCCCUUCAUGGAAAUGCUGGUGAGUGAAUGGAUUUUGGGAAGAAGUGCAUUAACUAAUAACCAUCCAUGGGUUGCCCACCCAUCCCCGGCACACCUUAGAUUGAUAUGUAAUGUUUUUGUUGUGUUAAUUGAGUUUUUUAUUUGGUGAAAACCCGGUCCAUGGAAUCACCUCUAACAACAAGCAUUAUGACGGAAGAGUAUUGUCAAUACACAAUACUUAUUUAGUUACAUGAUUUGAGUUACACUAUGACAUGAUCUAUAUGUUUGUCUGUGUUCCACUUGCACGGUUUUAUUCUUUUUUUUUUUUUUUUAAAAAGACAAAACUGUACAAAAUGCUAUUUUUUUGCCUUAUGCACUCUAAGAGGUUCACACGCGUAUAAAUCUGUCAUUUUUAUGUGUACUUUCAUGAAUAUACAUAAAUAAAGAUUUUUUUUUAAAAAAGGCAUAUUUCAUGCAAAAAUAUCUUGUAUCCAAUUAGUCACAGUUUUGUCAAUUUAAAAAAUAUUUUACAAUUUAUGUUUUAGUCCACUGCGAUUCAGAGUGUGAAAGGCAUUUAUGUUUGUAUUGUACAUGAAUUUACAGCUUUUAUUUAUUUAGGGUGUAAAGGCAUUUAACCCCUUAAGGACACAUGACAUGUGUGACAUGUCAUGAUUCCCUUUUAUUCCAGAAGUUUGGUCCUUGAGGGGUUAAAGGCACUGACUGGGACCAUUGAUAAGAUGAUUGAGAGAGGCUAUUACUAUCCUCAUGAGGAUUGCCAAGCACUGAACAGGUUAAAUGUACAUGGAUGUGAGGUAGUCUGCCCCUACAAAGCAACCUUAUAUAUCAAUGUCAAUAUCCGAUACCCAAACUCAUGAUUGUUGGCACCCUUACAGAAAUACAAAUGUCCUAAAAACUUGAGUUUAGUAAAAAAAAACAAAAAAAAACCAGCUAUUAUAAUGCAUACAUUAAAAUUAUAACUUGUCAAGAAUUCAAAAUUAAUUUAAAUAGAAUUUUACAUUUAAAGGAGCAUUAUAGUGCCAGGAAAACAAACCUGUUUUCCUGGCACUAUAGGGUUGUUAGGUCCCCUCCUCCCUCGUGGCCCCCCUCCCGCUUGGUUGAAUGGGUUAAAACCCCUUCAGCCACUUACCAUAAUCCAGCGCCGGGCUCUCUGAAAUGUGUGAAGCUGUAGGGUUAAAACUAGGGGGACCUGGCACUCAGACCACUUCAUUAAGCUGAAGUGGUCUGGGUGCCUAUAGUGGUCCAUUAAGGUCAUAAAUUCUGGACAAAUUCUUUGUCAGCUAUGUUUUUCGCUCAGUUAUUUUGGCAUUAAAUGUAAAUUUCACGAUGAGUUCAGUUUACAUUCCUGACAAUUCUAACUUUAAAACCACCUGAAAGUGAUUUUACAAUUCUAGGCCAUUCUAGAAAAUGUUCCAAAACCGCUAUAUUUUAAUUUUGCCAAUUGUUGCCUAAAAGUCUAAAUUCAUUUUGAAUUAACUUAAAAUGCCAGACAGCUCAUCCAAAUGUCUUUGUUUCAACCACAGUUACCAAAUGCCCGUCUCACUGCCCCCGUACGUUAAUGAUACAUUUCUCACAUCACACACAAACUUUUUGGUCUUAAGAUACAACUAUGUUAUUUAUUUUUUUUGUGUGUGUGUGUAUAAAACUUUGUAGUAUUGCACAUCCCUGUCUUGUCUAAAAAGUGUAUGCAUGUCUAAAUCAGUCAGCCUGUUCCCAUAACAUUUUGAAAAGUAUGUGGCUUCUGUAAUCUGCCUAAUCUGAUUUCAUGUUCUCCCAUUCUCUCACCUCAGACUUGCCAUACAACCUUUCGAGCCCUCACUGGCUGGCCAAGAUGGAGAAUGACACUUGGGACAACUUGACAAGUGUUGGCAACCAAUCUACCAGAGACAAAGCGAUGACCGUAGGAAAGUACAAAACAAUGGAGAUGAUUUUCAUUGCCACUGUGACUGGCUCUCUUAGCUUGGUUACUGUUGUAGGAAACAUCUUGGUCAUGCUCUCAAUUAAGGUCAACCGGCAACUACAGACAGUCAACAACUACUUUCUCUUCAGCCUUGCAUGUGCUGACCUAAUCAUUGGAGUCUUCUCAAUGAAUCUCUACACAGUAUACAUCAUAAAGGGCUUCUGGCCCUUGGGACCUGUUGUGUGUGACCUUUGGCUGGCUCUAGAUUAUGUGGUCAGCAAUGCCUCAGUAAUGAACUUACUCAUCAUUAGCUUUGAUCGGUACUUCUGUGUAACCAAACCAUUGACCUACCCGGCUCGAAGAACCACCAAGAUGGCAGGGCUAAUGAUUGCAGCCGCCUGGCUCCUGUCAUUUGCGCUCUGGGCCCCUGCCAUCCUGUUUUGGCAGUUCAUUGUGGGAGAAAGGACAGUACCAGAUAGAGAAUGCUACAUCCAAUUUCUCUCCUAUCCAGCAGUCACUUUUGGCACAGCUAUUGCUGCCUUCUAUCUUCCAGUGGUCAUUAUGACGAUCCUCUACAUCCACAUUUCCCUGGCCAGCAGGAGUAGAGUACGCAGGCACUGUCCAGAGACACGCCCAGAGAAGAAAGCCAAACCAGUCAGUUCUAUGAAGAGCCCUUUAAUUAAGCAGGCAAAAACAAAUCCAAAACCAGACAUCACUGAAGUGAAAGGAGAAGAGGAGAACGGUGUUAGGAAUGGGAAGAUUGAAAAGUCCUUGACAAACCUUCAGUCAGUAGAAGAAAAAGAAACCUCGAAUGACUCCAGUACUGCCAGCAUAACCCAGAACCCAGAGGAGAAACUGCCAUUGCAUGAUCCUUCUUCGGGUAUUGUUUUGGCUCCCACCCAAAGUAUGCCAACACUUCAUCCAAGAGUCAAUGCUGCUUCUAAGUGGUCUAAGAUCAAGAUUGUCACAAAGCAGACCGGCAACGAGUGUGUAACCGCUAUCGAGAUAGUGCCAGAAUGUUCCAUCCCUUUGCCCCGGGAUCCAUCUCUUCCCAACACUCGUCCAGCUAAUGUGGCAAGAAAGUUUGCUAGCAUUGCCCGUAACCAGGUUAGGAAAAAGAGGCAGAUGGCAGCCAGGGAGAAGAAAGUUACCCGGACCAUUUUUGCUAUCUUACUGGCUUUUAUCCUCACCUGGACACCUUACAAUGUUAUGGUCCUAAUCAACACAUUUUGUGAGACUUGCAUCCCUGAAACUGUUUGGUCUAUAGGUUAUUGGCUUUGUUAUGUCAACAGCACAAUAAACCCAGCAUGCUAUGCGUUGUGUAAUGCCACCUUCAAAAAGACAUUUAAACAUCUCCUUAUGUGUCAGUAUAGGAAUAUAAGAAUGGCCAGAUAGGCCACAAAAAAUAUUUUGAUAUAGGACAACUAUGACUGCAUUGUAUCAGAGGAAAUGUGGAGGGAGAAUUUCAAGGAAUUUUAGAAGUUGGAUAAGAAAAUCCUGAGGAACUCUCUGCCUUCGGGAGAUGGUGUUACCAAGUUGCAGUGUUGAUUGAUAAUUCUCAGCAAGAUUAAGGAUGUUGGAGAUAAAACUUUAAGGCAUUUUGCACUAGUAUUCAGAAUGGGACCAAGUUUGACUGUAAGAAGUUUUGUAAUUAAUCCAAAGGAUGUUGUUCAUUAAAGUAAGAAAAAAAAUAAAAAAAUACAGAAACCUAUUGGACUUCCAAGAAAAUUAAAGGGAUGCAUCAUAUGUUUUAAAGUACCAAAUGCCCUCCCUGAAUAGGCCACAUCUGAUGAGUCAAGGAAUCUGUAGAACUGCAAUCUAGGAAAUCAUGCAUGGCCAGACAAAAUGAAUCCAUGAUCCACAGACCCAUAGAGGAGGUAUCUUUGGGUUCAGGGCACCAUUGAUUGAAAUGCCAUCAGGAUAUUGCCCAGUUAUUGACUCUCCUGCUGCAUUGACUGUGUUUACAUAAUGCUUUAUGUGCUGUGGCCAUGCAGUGGAUUUGUCCUACAUUAUCUCUGGAACCAUGUUUGAACAAAUAACCCGACCCUUCCUAAAUCGUUACGACCCAAAGGCAUUACCCCUCUGCUGUAUUACUUUAACAUCUUCCUGAUUGCAGUUCUUAAAAUUUACAUUCUGCAGCCUCUCAUUAAGCUAGAAUUGUGUUAUUAAGCGAGAAUUGCAUACUGAGUGCAUUGGUCGAUAUGGAGAACUCACAGUCUUAGUUGAUGAGGGCUGGUGUGUUACUCUGCAAGAAGUGUUACUGUACAUUUUAAAAAUCUCUAUUUUUUUUUAGGAAAUUUGAGCCCUAAGUACCAUUUAUAGAGACAGUAAUGCAUAGAUAACAUUUGAAUUUGACUAAAUUCUUGGGAGGGGGAUGGGGGGGGGUUCUUUUAUUUACGUCUGGUAAAUCAUUCAAAAUCAGAUACAGUAGUCUGAUUGGCUCACUGGUGCUUUUGUAGCCCAUGAGAAUACAGAUACAAUUGAAAUCAGGGUACUAGCCAAUAAAGUAACAAAUACUAAAUUAAUAGUUGCAGAUGCAAAAUGCAAUAAAAACAGAUUCUAUCUAAUCAUGUAUGCAUGCUUAAUUAAUAAUGACAUAAAUUUUGCAUUCAAUUGUAGAAUUACUGUCUCUUUAAAGGUUAUGUUGGUUAAAUAUUCCAAUAAUCCAUUGGGCACUAAACAAGUUAUCUGGAAAAAUACAUUGAGAUCAUUAAUAAUGAUCAGAGGAUGUAGGAUAUUUAGUUAUACCUCACGUUGUCCACAAAUGCGGUGUAGCUUUCACUAAAAGUGUGCAGGUUAAAAUGUGGUCGUUCUCCAUAUCCACUGGCAGAGGGUCCAAGUUAACAGUGAAUGUAAUGGCAUUAUAUAUAUAUUUUGACAAAAAAAGAGUGUGAGUAAGAACAUGAACCUUCUGGAGUGGCUAAGAAGGUGCGAUACUGAAACGGUAAAGUAGCAAUGAAUCUGACAGGUUUUUUUUUAUAAAGUCCUUAAACUUUGAUUAUCUUUGUAAUUAUUCCUGCAUGAUCCCAGCUACAGGUCUUGUUUCUGCUUGAACUAUGAAGGAAUUUGCACAGACAAACAAAGGAGUCUUUUCUGGCAGCAAAGGAAUCAAUUCACCUCUAGUUGAGAACUUUGAAGAUAUAUUUAUCAGAGUGUUAAUCCAAUCCCCCUUUUAUCAUGUUGGACCACGAUAGAGAGCAAGGAUGGCCUUUAUUCUAAAGUCAUUAUUACACCAUUCUUAACUAUGUGAUGAUUAUUAUUUUAUUAUUUAUAUAGCGCCUUCAGAUUCCGUAGCGCUGUACAAUGGGUAGACUAACAGACAUGUAUUUGCAACCAGACAACUGGACGUACAAGAACAGAGAGGUGGAGGGCCCUGCUCAAUGAUGUCACCACAAUGCCAUUGACGAGAGUCCAAGAUUAUCGAUAGAAUUAUGUCACUGUGGUGUGAAAUGAACUAGAGAGCCCAACCUGCUUUACUUGAUCAUGAGGUCAUCAUUGAAUGUCAUAAAGAGUAAAAGGCAGACUUUGACUUUAUGAUGUCUUGAUGAGGCAGGGCAAGCUUUUUUGUUGUUGUCCUGGUGUGACAUGAUGUCAAGGAGCAGGAUCAGCCUUAUUUUUGUUGGGAAGUGGUAUGACAUCAUAAUGCAUAUUCCUCUCUUCUAGUGUGAUGACGUAGUGUGACAGCAGAAUGAAUGACCGGCUUUGCCUUUGUCAUAGUGUGGUAUGACAUCACAGUGCAUCAGACCGGCACUAAAUAUCCAUUGCUGCCAGAAAGGACCUCAAAGGUGGAGAUUUACCAAAGUGUUCUGCAAAAAUGUGGUAAUCCCUACGCAACCCAGCGGAACCAGCAAUCCAGAGAACACCUUGAUAAAUCUCCCCCAAUGAAUGUGGUCAGGUGUCCUAUGUGAUCAGUCUUCUUUUUGCUGCAGGUUAUGUUAUCCCUACAAUGAAACCUGACUAAAAUAAAGAAAUCUCUUGUACAAGUGUGACGUUUUGUGAGAGAUGGUACACGACUGGGUUACAAUGACCAGAUUUUCACAAUCAAAUCAGGGAACAACUCAAUCUCUCUAGAAUAACUCUGGGUUUUUCAUCCAUAAAGAAGACUACGAAGGGCCCACAAUACAACAUGUGCUGCAUCCCCUUGGCUCCCUAAGAAUCCCUCUGAUCUCCUAGAGAUACCCUAAAGCUUACAACCAAUAUUUGAGAUGAACAAGGCUGGACAUAAUGGGGUGUGAUCUCAUCAAGGCAUGCCACCCACCUUGAACUGGGG